ACACUGCUCUGGCACAGUUGCUCUGAGGUCCUGGGAGAGAGAAGGAGUACACACUCUUCUUCCCGCUUCUCGUCUGUCCGCCUCUCCUGAUACUUGAAAUAAGAGACUUUGCCACCCGCAGGUUCCAGAGGAGUAAAUAUAACAAAGAGGGUCUCUUUCCCCCUCCUCCUUCAUAUUUUGCAAAGGUGAGUGCCGAUUUUCUUCCUUAACAAAAAGCAUUUUUAUUUUUUUACAAUCGGUGUUCUUGCCCCUAGAGAAUCCAGAGGGCGUAGCAUUUUAAGUGAGAAUUCUAAGCCUGAUCCUUAGAGAUCAGUCUCAGGGGCUCUGGAGAUUUAUAGCCAGUGAAUUCCGACUCCUUCCCCUCAUCUUCUUCCUCAGAUGGAUGGGGUAGUUUUGUCCAUUUUGGCUCUGUGCUUUUAUUUUUGUGUCUUCUUUUUCUGUGUAAUGCUUUUAUUUGCUUGCAUUUUCAGCCUGCUCUUUGGAUUACAUCCAACUUAAGUUAGAGCUAGGCCCAUUGAAAUGAAUGGACACCAAUAACUUGGGUCCAUUAAUUUCAAUGGGUCAACUCCAAAGAGGACUUGCUUUUUUAAAAUUUGCAUUUAUGUCCCACCUUUGCUUCCAAGGAGCUCAAAGUGGUAUACAUGGUUCUUCCCCUCCUCUCUUAUUCCCCACAACAAACCCUGUGAGGUUGAGCUUCAUGACUAAGUGGAGAUUUGAACCCUGGUCUCCCAAGGUCUAAGUCAAAUGCUCUAACCACUGCACCAUACUGGCUCUAGAUACAUCCUUUGAGAAUUUAUUUAUUUUUAAAGAAAGUGGCAUACAAGUGCAAUUUAUUAUUAUUAGAUGGAGCUGAAAUUAAGUUGUCUUUCCACUUUGUUUUAUAGCUGUGUGUAUUUUUUUUAAUGAAAAGGUGCCUGAGUUUAUUUAUUAAAUGGAACUCACAUGCAUCCACAUCCAUCCAUGCCAGCUCUAUGAAACGGAAAGAGUGUGACUGACAGGCUCAUAUCUGUCCACUUACGACUUGAACCCAGUCCAAAAGCCAACAUUGUGUCUGCUAGGCUAUAUACUUGCUCCCUCACAAGGGCUGAGUCCUUGGUAUGUCUGUCUCCUGAACCAGAUCAUUUUUGCUCAAUGUUUUAUGGAACACAGCAGAGCAUCUGCUGCAAUCUUCACCUCUCCUCAUCUUAUGCAUGGAUAACCUUUGUUCCAUGCGUUGCCUGCUAGUAAAUGCUUCAGUGAAGAUGGCUAAAGAAUCUACAUUGUGCUUGAUUGUAGGCUUGCUGCAAUCAAUGCACCUAAAAUUAGUCAUGCCCAUUAACUUCAAUGGGUCUACUCUGAGUAGGGCCAGCAUUGCAUACAACCUACUUUCUCUUCCUCCCACAUUAGCUCAUUUAAAAACUGCUGACUUGAGUGCCAAUAGACCCAAGAUGUAGUAAUUUGAAUAAUUGUUGGAAAAUGUUGGAUAGUUUUAUUUAUUUAUUCUGACAUUUAAACCCCAUCUUUCCUGCCAGGAGUUAAGUUAGUGGACAUAGUUCUUCCCCUCUCCCAUUUCUUCCUCACAACACCCCUCUGAGGUAGGUUAGGCAGAGAAACAGUGACUGGACCAAUAUUCCUAGAUGACUGAGGAUUUGAACUUAGAUCUCCCGGGUCCUAAUACACCACACUGGUUCUCAGCAAUAAUGUAUUUAACUGUCUAGAUAUUGGAUGAGUUGUUGUUUCAGGAAUGGAGGGAACCUGUGGCUGCACAGAUGUUGCUGGACUCCAGCUCCCUUUAUGAUAGGAUCAUACAACAUAAUCUUACACUGAGUCAGAUCAUUGGUCCAUCUAACUCAGUAGUGUCUACACUGGCUGGCAGCAGCUCUCCAGGGUUUCAGGCAGGAGGUCUCUCCCAGUCCUACCUGGAGAUGCCAUUGGGGGAUAGAGCCUGAGACCUUCUGCAUGCAAGACAGAGGCUUUUCCACUGAGCUAUGAAUCUUCUGGGCUGGUGCUGAUGAAGGGUAAAGUCCAACACUGUCUGCCUUAAACAAGCUGCUACUUGUGUGAAAUAGCAAGCUGCUUACAAGUUAUAUUAAAGCAGCAUCAUUCAUUCUAAAGCUGGCACAUCCUAACAGGCUUGCUUCCGUCUAUUCAGCCCUUCUGAAACUCCUCACAGAUGGCAGUCUUCAGCAGAUUCACACGACUUAGGCUGCUAUCCUGUAAAUACUUACCUGAGAGUAAGUUCCAUUAAACGGUGCUUCUGAGUAGACAUGCAUAGGACUGCUCUGUACUAAUCCAGGGCUAUGCAUGUUUACACAAGCCUAAAUCCUACUCUGUUUGGUGGGGCUUGCUUACUCCUGGAACAACAUGUACAGGAUUGCAGCUAUCGUUGGUUAAAAUAUAUUUUUGCGGGAACAUAGCUGAUGCUGAAGAACAACUAGAGAACAUGUUGUUCGUUUUGGUUAAUGGUGUAAGAAUUGCUAAAUGCAAAAAGGAAAAAACAAUAUCCUUAACUAGUCAGCUCUUCAGUGGGUUGCUAUGUACUCUUAAGAAUCAGAAGGGUUGACUAUUUCGGCCAGGGUAGAAUGAAUAGGCUUCUAUGGCCUAUCCUAUGGGUUGAUUUCAACAUGGGACAAAUCUGUGUGUUGAGAAUGUGAGUUCAGCAUGGGCUGCUGUGGCUGCUGGAAGGAUUAACUCCAUCUCCCGGUUGAGAAUUAACCAUUAUCUGUUUACUGAGCUGCACAGUUCAAAUACCUAUCAAGUUUUUAAACAGAUCUGUAAUAUGGAGACAGGGGUCCCCAACCUUUCUGGAGGGAGAUUGGGGGCACAUUUCAGAAUCUGUCAAUGUACCCAUUUCACAGAAGACAAACUGACAAUGCAGAGAAACCCCUCCUCAAAGAGCAGGCAAAAUAUCUACAUUCCCUCCCCAAUAAAAUACAGACACAGGGACACAAGAAGCUGCCUUAUACCAAGUUAGGUGACUGGUCCACCUAGCUCAGUAUUACACUGACUGGCAGUAUCUACACUGACUGGCAGUGGCUCUCCCAGGUUUCAGACGGGAGUCUCUCCUGACCCUACCUGGAGAUGCCAUUGAUGAUUAAACCUGGAACCUUCUGCAUGCAAAGCAAGUGCUCCACCACUGAGCUAUAGUCCUUUCUCCAAAUCCCAGUCCUCAGGGUUCUAUUGAAAUCUCUUUGCAAAACCCCAAAGCGAUGCUCUGAGCUUAGCACUUGGCCAAGCAUCCAUCUGAUAGUUUCACCUGUUGAAUGCUGUGCUCAUGCACAGAUCCACCAUGCCUUAUUUUCUAAGAAGGCAGUUUGCUCUUGGGAAUCGGAGGUGAUGGGACUCUGUGCAAGAAGUGCAGCAGAACAGGGGCUUCUUUUAUUGGCCAAUCCUGCCUCAAGCCAGGGGUGUGGGGUGACUCUGCUUUUGUUCCCAGAUCAAAUAUCACUUCAACUGAUCAUAGCAAAGGUUUCCCUUUUGUUCCAUCCCUCCAGAUUCUUUUUCCACAUGAGGCUUCUCCUGGGUCUGCACCAGGAGGCAUUUUUUCUGCCGACUCAUGGCUUUCUGAUCCAUCCCAGAUGUUGACGCGGCAUCCGUAGCCUAAGCCCGACGGAUUGAAAAGGAGGCCAUGCUCCUACAGUUUCCUCCUUCCUCCUCCCCACUCCCACCCUCUUGCUUAAAACAAAAGCAAAGUUUAUUCAGCUGCCUAGAUGGCAGCAAGAUCCUUUCAAAAGAACUUCAGGCGCAUACCAAAAACUUCCAACACAAACACAGUUUUGUUUGGGCAAUUUUCUUUUUGGAACGCAUCUCAAAUGCUGUGAGCCCACGAGAGUUUGAUUUGAGGGGUCGGUGGUGGUAUAGAAAGCCCUAAAUAAUUGGGAGCCCAGGUAUACCAGAGAAAGGGCCUCUUCCAGGCAUACCCUACCCAAUUAUUAAGAGCCUUCUGGUGAUCCCCUGCUUGCUAUCUCAGCUGGUUUGUAUGUAUGUCGCUCUUCUUUUAUCCCAGGGGAAGAACCUUUGUAUUUAGCCUUUGGGGCCAUCCUUCUUUGCUGACUCUGCUACUUUUGCUUUCUUGCACUCCAUUGUCUCCUGCCAGCAACAACAGCGAACGCUGCUCCUGCUCUGCUUUUGUUUCCGAUUUAAGCGUGGUUCCCAGGAGUGCAGUGGCCAAUUCAGAAGCACAGGAUACCUUCAUGACAGCCACCGUCAAGUCCCCUCACACCCUUCCAAGAUUAUGCAGCUUUCUAAGAUUCUACAACAAUAUUAUCAUUAUGCAAUAUUAAUAAUUAGGAGUGCCUUGCAACAAUCAGUGCAGAACCUCCAUGUGCUGCCGUUCAGCUAUUAUUUUCUGUACACAUACAUGGGCAAAUGACUUGGAGCAAUCCAGCAUCUUCUCUUGGAGUUACACGUUUUCCAUGAAGUUCCCUUGUUUGGAUCAGAAGUGGCACGCCAUUCUUUUGAAAUGGAAGCACCUUCUGUUCUCAGUGUUCCUAAAUACUUAGCUUUGGCUCAAAAGGCUCCUGUUUCAUGCUGACUGGACGCUGGAGACAGGGAUCCUGCUGCAGAAACCCUGGACCAUGACCCCACUGAUGCUGCCAGGCUGUCACUAUUCUUAGGUGGGAUUCAACCACAUACUGGCAAAUACAGGUUGCACCAUUGCCAGUCAGUGAGGACAUUACUGAGCUAGACAGACCAAUGCAGACUCCUUAGAAAUGUAAGAAGAGCCUUGCCGUCAUGGUAGCCCAUCUAGUCCAGCAUCCUGUUCUCAUAACAUCCAACUGGGAAUAUCACAGGCAGGUCACGAGUGGCAUCAGUGUUCUCCCUGCAUGUGAUUCCUGGCGACUGGCAUUCAGAGCCAUACUGCCUCCAAUAGUGGCGGCAGAACCAAGCCACUGAUAGCCUUAUCCUCCAUGAAUUGGCCUGAUCCUCCUUUAAAGGCAUCCAAGCUGUUGGGCAUCUUGGAAGGAGGCAUCCCUUGGGAAUGAAGCACAGCAAAUCUUGGAGGAAUGUGGUGUUCAUGGACCCACCACCUGAUGAGAAGUCUGGUCUGUCAGGCUUCUCCCUUAAACCCCCCCACUAUAGCGCAAGGAAUGGGGAACCUCUUCCUGACCCACCAGGCACCUGACCCAAUGCUGCAGUGAAAGGCAUGGUUUAGAUUCAGGGAUGGGGGAUGAGCAGCUUAGCCAUUGUGCUACAUAAUUGAUUGAUUGAGAGAGAGAGAGACAGGGGAUCCUGCUGUGGCUUAAUGAUCUCGAGUCUUCCAAAGUGAAUAGCGGGUCAUUCCUCUGCUUCCCUGCACAGGGGCACCUUGGAAAUCAUAAGCUGGGAGAGAACUCUGCUUCUGCUCCCCUUUAUCACAAGACAGAAGAGCAGCGGCCAAGCUCCCAGCUGGAGGCCAACGCUAGACAGUGCUGUUAGCUUAAGCUGCAUAAAGAGCAGACAGUUCCCUUCGAGGUCAGGAUGGGAUAAGGAGGGGAGAGUAAUUAAAGUGUUUGCCUGUCCCCACAUCUGGAUUGUGUGUGACACAGCAGGACUUUUCUCUCUGAACGUAUUUAUAUGGGGCUGCAUCCAGUGUUGCCUUUCAGCUUGCAUGGCAGACUUCCACUGGCGCAAUGGGAUUCCUCCCCAUCUAAAUUCUCCCCCACAGUCCCACCACCAUACACCCUCAAAAUUUUCUCCAGAUGGUUGGAGAACCUUUUGAAGCAGAUUUUUUGGGGUGUGGGUUUGUGUGCAUGAAGAGAAGGGGAACAGGAAAUCCCACUGGGCAAGAGGAGUGUCGCCCAUGCAGUGCUGGAUAGCACUGGCUAGGUUUAUGAUGCUCUUCCUCCAGGUUGCCCUGGGCAGCAUUCAUAGGGUCCACCAAGCAGGGAUGGAAGGGUCAGCCUAAGCUCACCCCACUUCAUUUCUUCUUCUACCUUGAUCUCUUCAAUCCGGUUUUGUGCAGAUUUCUUUGAAAGAAUGCAUGAAAAGAUUGCAUUUAAUUUGGACACACUAUUUGUACACAUUUCCUUCAAAUGCACAUUUUCCAAUGUUUUCCAGUGCAGUUUCCCCAUAAAACACUUGCUUGAAAUGCAUUCGAACUAUAAAACAUGCAUUUUUAUAAAAAAUGUGCAACCUGCAUUGCAAAAUUCAAAGGGGUACAAAAUUCAGAACUGCAGUUUCAAUUAAGUUCAGGACUGUCACACUGAAGUCUGCUGCAAAAGGAAGGCCAAACAACAUUUAAGGCUGUGCCUACUCCACUCAUUUUUAUUUAUUUAUUUAUUUUUAAAAAAUAUCUCUGCAAUAACCUGGUGAGGAAGGUUAGCCUAAGAGAUAGGGACCAGCACAGGUCAUGGAGUGAGAGGGAUUCAGACUCAAGUCUCCCUAUUCCUUUCUGAAGGCGGAGUGCUGGACUCGAGAGAAGGUUGUGGUCUGAUCCAGCAAGCAAUAUAAAAGGUGCCCUGCUGGCCUAUCCAGUCCAGCAUCUUGAUUUCCACUUUGGCCAAUUAGAUGUCUUUGGGAAACCCCCUAGCAGGGCAUGAAUGCAAUAGCCAUCUCUUGUUGUUGCUGUUGCUGUCUUUGGCAACAGGUGUUCAGACCAAUACUACUUCUCAACAAUAGGGAUUCCAUACAGCAGAGCUGGAGCAGAGCGAUAAUGAUUUUGUUCAUGCUGCUGUGCUUUUGGGGAGUUAAAAGCUGGUCAGGAGGCUGAAGUUAGAGCUAGAUUAGGGAGAAUUGCUCAGAAGCAGGAUCUAGGCCAGGCAUAGGCAAACUCGGCCCUCCAGAUGUUUUGCGACUACAGCUCCCACCAUCCCUGACCACUGGUCCUGUUAGCUAGGGAUGAUGGGAGUUGUAGUCCCAAAACAUCUGGAGGGCCGAGUUUGCCUAUGCCUGAUCUAGGCUCAGCAGAGGAAGCUUGGGAUCUUUCUUCUUGAACCAGAUUCCAUUCCACAACCUUAGGUUGAUCCUCUGAGCCUUUGGAUUCUGGAGAAUGUCAAGGAAUGUGAGACUGGCCGACGAGUCAAUGCUUGCUUGGCGCGUAAUUUCAUUAUUUCAUUUUAAAUCAUGUCAUUGCUGAAAUUCCUGGUUCUGGCCACUGUCAGUGACAGGAUACUGGAUGACUUGAGAGGGGAAAGAGAACUUGUGGACAUUUUGGCCAGUCUCUUUGGCCAGUGUUUACCUCUCUUCUUCCACAGAUUUUUAUCAGUCUUGAACCAGCUCCUUUUAGAGAAGCACUUUCUGCAUCUUGUAAAUUACUCACACAGGACACUGCAGGUCACUCAGCACUCUCAACCGGAGAGAGGAUUGUCUCAGUGUAUUCUUUUCAUAAUCCCUCUGAGAGCUGGUUCUGACACAUGAUGGUUGCCAUCUGGAGGCUGCUUUAAAUUGGUCCACGUGGUGGUUGUCAUCACGUGGAGAGCUGCUUGCUCUAAAACAGCUAUCCUAGGUCUUAGACAGUGAGAUGGUUCCCAGAAGCUCUGCUGAGAGUUCUUAACUCGGGGAUCUACAGCCCUCCAGAUGUUGUUGGAGACCAUGAACAUCUGCAGGGCUGCCAGUUUGCUGCUUUUGUUAUAAGUGAACUGGAUACCUUUAUUGGGGGGGGGGGACGACAAAGCUCAAUAGCAGAGCACCAGCUUUGAAUGCAGAAAGCCACAGCUUCAGCCCCUGGAAUCUACAAUUUGAAGGGGAUAAUUUAGCCAGAUGAUAGAGUAGAAUUAUUUCUAAGACCCUGGAGAGCUGCUGGCAGAGAAGACAAUACUGAAUUGGAUGGGCAAAUAGUCUGACCAGAUAAGGCAUCUCCUGCAACCUCAAUAAUGCAAAAGGUGCGCUCGGCCACUGGACUUUGACACCUGUCCCCCAAAAUUACCGUAACUGCAGUGGGUCCCUAAAUCUGAUAGAUGGCAGGAAAGGAUUUUUGGUGGGUGUAAAGGAACACAGGAAGCUGACAACAUUGUGUGCACUGACUGACAGCAGCUAUCCAGGGUUUCAAAUGGGGAACAUUCCCAGUCCUAACUGCAUGCAAACUAUAGUUGCUCUACCACAGAGGUAUUCCCCACACUAGAUGUAUGGUUUAUGUAAACUGGGAGGUUGCUCCCUACCUGUUCUAGAUGGGUUCACACUCUCCUGAAAGGGUGAACCACGUCACUUGGAGCAAGCUCAAGCUUUGAAGCUGUGCUUAGCAAAAUGGUUUUGGGCGGUCACUCUCCUAUAUUGUUGGGCCUCCGCCAGGCUUAUCUGGUUCCAACAGGUACACAGAUGCAUGCUGGGCUGCUGCCCUUUAAAUCCCCACAAUUCCCUUUUAAAUUAGUGCUGCUCCAGAACAUUGUGGGAAACUAAAUUGGUGGCCUCCAUUGAGGCAGGUGUUGCUUGUAUGAUCCAUUAUUAUCUGGUAUUUCCAUUCAGAGACGAAUAAUACCUCUGGGAACAAAGAGACCGCGGUCACAUUCACAUCACAUAUUUAUACAAAUAUGGAUCUACUUUAAACAGUCAUGACUUCCCCCAAAUAAUUAUGGGAACUGUAGUUUGCUGUUCAGAGCUCUCUUCCCAGAGCUGCAGUUCCCAGAGUUCCCUGUGAAGAAAGAUUGAUUGUUAAUUCCCUCUGGGAAUUGCAGCUCUGGGAUGGGAAUAGGAGUCUCCUAACAGCUCUCAGCACCCUUAAUAAACAUAUAAUUUUUUGAUGGGUGGGGGAAGCCAUGACUGUUUAAAGUGGUUUUAAAUGUGCUUCAAAUGUAUGAUGUGGAUGAUUGCAAGGACAAUACCCUGUCUGUUAACAUGGUAAGGUCUAGCUGCUGGAAGGAUUUAAAGAAAAUUGGCUGAGGUGUCCGAUCCUGCAGGCUCUCCACCCUCAGUGUGCCAAUUUGCCUACAUAAAGCAGCUAGUUUGAUGCCUCUUGUGUGUCUGUGUGUGUGUGUGUGUGUGAGAGAGAGAGCGCGCCAACAAACAUUACAUCAGAUUGGCACAUUGCUCCCUCUGUAACUUUACUGCAGAGAGAGCAAGCGAGCAAAGGCCUGGCCCUGUUUGGGAAAGAGAGUCAAGACGGCCUGCGAGGUCUGAUGGGGCGGCGGGGGGGAGGGACGGGACGGACGCGGCUUAUGGUAACCAUCUGCUUCCCUACCUAAAAAGCUGUCCGCCUUGAGCAAUGGGGCAGGCUAAAAGGCCACAUUGUGGACGCUUUACAGAAGAGCAUCUAUUUAUAACCCCCUCAGAGAAGCCUCUGAAAGUAAGAAUUGUUCCCCUGAAGUGGGUCAGACUGUCUACAAAAGUAACAGCUUGAGGUUAGCCACACCAAGCCAGCCUCUUGCUUGAGUGGGGUUUUGCAGGAGGGUGUGUGUGUCAGUUGGGCGACGAGGACAGGACCAAAUAAUGCUGGAAAGAGAAUGAGGUUAAGGCAAUAUUUGCCCUGAAAAAAAGUGAACUCAUCGGCCAGGAAGCUAACGGGCACAUAGUUUGAGAAAGGAGAGGGGGUGGCUGCCUUAGGUUUAUCAGUGACUGUUGGAUGGGGAGAGAAUGAAUGGUGGGGAAGAUGCUUUAGAUGCACAGAGCUUAGAAGGCAGGGGCCCCUCUAAAGGGAGAUUGUUUCAAAGAGAUUUCCUCUGCAGGGGAAGAAAAUCUCAAUCUCCCUCCCUCUCUCCCUCCCUCCCUCCCUCUCUCUCUUUCUUCAGCUAGAAUUGCCUAAAAAGAAAUGUUUCUUGCUAAAGUUUCCCUCAACUAUACAGAAGUGUCAGCCUCCAGAUGCUUGGAUUUUAAUGUUUAAUGUUUUUAUGACAAAACACUAUACUUGGAAUGUUGCACUUCUGUGAAUUUUCGACAUGGUUCUCCCACCAGACAAUGUGUACGAAAAUGCAUAUAUUUGGGGGAAAUGUGCGUAAAAUGCAUAGGUUUGUGAAAAUCUGAGGCAAAUAUGCUUCCCUUUGGGGGAAAAUGCAUACAAACAUAUGGGGGGGGGGGAGAGAAUCACACUACGAUGCUGACAAAUUUCCAUGACGGUUUUUCUCCUUAUAUACACAAAAGUCACACUCUGCAGUUCAUGUGGUCAUGGAGAGGCUGGGAACUGCUCCCCCCACUCUGUGAAACAAGUUUAAUGAAGGGAAGGAGGUGCUUGAUACAGUGGUUUAGCAAGUAACUGUCUGGAGUGCCUCCCAUCUUCUUUAAACGGGGGUGGGGUUUGGGGUGAGCUGUGGGGGGAGAGGUGAGGGGGUAAGUGAGGUGUAAAGGGAAGGUUGGUCAGGUGCAAAGGGAGGGCAAACAGGUUUUUGGGGUUGGCAGGCAGAGCAAGCAGGAGUGGCAGCCCCUAGGUUGUUGGUUUUUAAAUAUGCAGAUUGCUGUGGGAAUGUGAACUGAAUUUAAGGCCGGAAGAGUGAGAAACAAAGAGAAACUGAAAUUGACAGUUCCAUUCGUCCCAACUUCAGUUAUUAUAUAUGAUUAUAUGUACAUAUAUGAUUAUAUGAUAUAUGUAUAUGAUGAUAUAUUUCACAAUAUAUCAUAUAGUAUGUUAUAAGAACAUAGUGCAUAAACAAACAAAAAGAACCAUGUAAUCAAAGCAUAGCCGAAUAAACAUGUGUGCUUAAACAUCAGGCGUGGCGAUGAAAAUAUUUUAUCAGGAGCCUGGAAUGUUGGAAAUUUUAGCAGGGAAAGUACAUCUGUGCAAGAUGGCUUUAUGGCUUUGGGUAGAAAGCCUAGCUGAAAAGUGUUUGUUUAUGUGUGAAAUGUAUGGGUAGCAUCUCACUGUGAGGGAAUCUGACUGUGCGUACGUGUUGCAUCAAAGCCAUUCUCCAUCAGUGUUACCACUGACUUAGGGCACAUCCAGGCAUCCUUUUGUGUCCUGGCACUUUCCCUGGGGAAACCCACAUUUUAUCACUGAAUCGGAGCAAAUGGCAAUCCACAGAAAACCUGAUUGCUCUGAUUCAGCAGUAAAACACAGGUUUUCUGGGGAACUCACUGGGACAAAAACCUCUCAGACAUGGAGCAUUAAAGCCCGGACUAGUGCCGAGAAACAUGGUGCAAAAGGAAGUCUGGAUGAGCCCUUAGUGUAGGCUUGCUUUCCAACGGCCAGCUCUUUCCAUUCCAGCUGCCUUGAAGAAGGAAUGUCACAAGGUCUUUGUAUGCAGUGUUGGCUGCAGCUCAGUGGUAGAGAAGUUGCUUUGCAUGCAGACUGUUCCAGGUUCAAAACUAAGGCAGAUUCUUAUGUUUCUUGUGCUCUCUAAGUCACUGUUUAAAUGUUCAACAUCUCAGAUCCAUCAGGGCUCAUCUUACAUUGUUGCAGCUAAAUAUCUUUUCCCCCCAACUCCAUUCCCAGACCUCACUGAUACCAUUCUAGAGCCAGUCCAGCACCCUUGUACAUGUCUUUCCCCAGCAAAGUGACAUAUAAGUAAUAGAGUAAAUAGGAGAAAAUCCUGAUGCUUCCUUUGCAAAAUGGAUCUUUCAUUUGCUCUGAUAUUGCUGGUGACAGAUUUUGGGAGCUGGCAGAGGGUUCUGCGUCUGUUUUUCUGCCAGGCAGAAACAGCUCAUAGCUCAUGGCUGACCUCUUCAACCUGGCUCUUUGGGAAUGUCUGCUGUCCUUUUCCAUUAAGAUGGGAUUCUUCUUCCAUGAUAAUAUUUGGCAGGACCACUUCUCCUGUCUGGGCUGGCCUGGAAAUCAACAGGGAUUGGGGCUAUUGAAGAGCUUAUACAGGGUAUAGGUUGUAAGGGCAUCUACUUUACAGGCAGAAGGUUCCAGGUUCAAUCCCUGGCAUCUCCAGGUAGGACUGGGAGUGAUCCCUAUCUGAAACCCUAAGACUCACUGCCAGUCAGUGUAGACAAUACUACCAAUGUCUAGGACAGCCUUUCUCAACCUGUAAGCCCCCAGAUGUUGUUGAACUACAACUCCCAUCACCCCUAGCUAGCAAGGCCAGAGCUCAGGGAUGAUGGGAGUUGUAGUCCAACCACAUCUGGGGACCCACAGGUUGAGAACAUCUGGUUGAGAACAGCUGGUUUAGGAGAAUGCUGGCCCUACUGUUAGGCAGAGUGAAGCAUCCACCUCUGGUAGCAGAUGCUUGGUGCAAGGGGUAGUAAAAUCUCAGAGGACAGAGUUUGUGUACCAUGCAGCCUGCCUUUCACCUAAACUAGCUUGCUGCCCUCAAUUACAGUAAAGGAUGCUGUCAUCAGUCUGGAAGUUAGAGCCCGUUGCUAGCACAGUUGGCUCCUGAAUAUGUCAUGGGAAGGUGCCAUCUACUCCUUCACCUCAGACAUCAAAAUGUCUUGGGUCAGCCCUGUCUGAGAGGAGAGGCACUGAUGUGGGAAUGAACCAAGUGAUGGAUUCCUCUCAUGUCGAAUGAGAAUUCUGCCAUUACCCCACCCCAAAACAUAAAUGACCUGCUCUGCUGAGGCCCCCAUUCCAUGCGGCUAAUGUCAGAAUGGGCAGCUAAAUCUUAUCGCAAUAAUAAUAAUAACAAUAAUUGGAAAAAUGUAAGCUUUCCGUUUCAUUUAAUGGAGAAAAACAUGACAGCUUGAAGGACCCCAUUUUAUAAAUUGGGGUAGAGAAACUUUUUCUUUUCUUCUUUUCCAAUUAUUUUUUAUUGAGUUUCAAAGAUAUUAACAAUUUAACUUCUAAUUUAAUACAAAUUUAAAAUAAUUUUUAUAACUUGAUUUCCCACUCUUCCUCCUUGAUGUUUCCAUCCCCACCCUUUCCUGCUGCAAUAUAUAAUAUACUUUUAUCUGUUACAUUUUCCCUUCAUUACAACUAAUUAUUCAUUAGGUUAAGGAAACUUUUCCAAGCCACAUUCACUUCUGAGGGAGACAUGCCAAUGGUGGGCAGGGUCAGAGCCAAAAGUGGAUAGAGCAGUGGAUGUGAAUUUUACCUUUUCUCCAGGACAGUAGUCCUAAUUUCUUCACACUCUCACACCCUCCAUUCAAGCGAGCAAGAAACAUCAAAGUUCAAGGGCAUGUUUCAGCCAGCCAGGGUGUGUGAAAUGGGGAUGGUGAGGGGUGUGGCUAGGAAGAGGGUGUGGCUUGGGUAGUGUCAUGAAGGUCAGACAGAGAAGCCUAGAAGCCCAAGAGCUUGCCCAGUGUUAGGCUGAGAAUAACUAAACUUUCUUCAUUUCCCCUCUUCAUUUUCUAGAUCUGUUGCACAGACCAGAAGACAUCCCUUUGAGGAGUGUUUCUUCUCUCAUCCCAAAUCCACUGAGCAGAACAUGGCCAGAAGUCCCACUCCGACUUGGACUGUCGUACCAUUUGGGCUACUCUUCCUAGUCCAUGGAAUCCAUUGCUUUUUCUUGCCCAAUGCUACCGAGCUGGAAAGCAUCCUCAGUAAAUACCAGGAGGAGGAGCCCCACUCAAGGACCAAGAGAGCCAUUUCUCGAUCAGACAAAGAAGAGAUUCUAAUGCUUCACAAUAAACUGAGAGGUCAAGUCUACCCUUCAGCAUCCAACAUGGAAUACAUGGUGAGUUCAAAACGAUAAGUGAGGCUUAGCUCUGCCUCAGAAUUUCCCUCCCACUCCUGCUCCUUUGUGUGCCAUUUGUGCUUACUCCCCCAAGUUCUGGACAUGAUUUUUUAGGAAAUAUGCACCACAAACAGAAGCCUUCUUCUUGCACAGCUUGCAAGUAAAGACCAUGUAUUUUCCUUAGCUGCAGCUUUGGUGAUACACAGACUUCAAGAUCCCAGUCGUUACAUUAGGAUGACCAAAGAUACGGUAAUAUACAAUUACAUGGAAGCAGGGCACAGGAAGGUUUUAUUACACAUUACAAGGGAGACUUAAUAUAGCAUUGCCUGCUUGGGUGACAGCCACCCAAACUGGUAAGCAAGCAUCAAUAUCCCCUUUGUAAUGUGUAGUAAAAGUGUCCUGCUGUCAUGAUGAUGUGCAUUUUCGCAUCUUUGCUCUACAUCACUGGCUGCCACUACUGAGGGUGAAUACACACACCAUGGUUGAUUCCUAUAACUUUGCUUUUCAGCACUGCUAAGGAAUUGCUUUUCCACAAGCAGCUGGAGGUGAAAUAAAAAUGAUGCCUCCAUGUAUAAUUUAAUAUAGUGCUAUAUUAUCUAGUGUUGCCCUUUUCUGUGGCCAAUUUUCUUUUAUAAUGUUGAGACUCACAGGUAAGUACUGUUCAGAGUAUUAUUCAGCCACCCAGAGUUAUUCAGCAAAAGGGCUUUCGGAUGUUAAAUGAAACUUGUAUUGCUUCUUGUUGAGUGUGGCUGAGGGAUUAACAAUCAUCCUUAUUUUGCUAUAUAAAAGAGUGGGGAAUGAAAGGUCACCAGUAAUUUAACUGAACAAGGAAAUUCACCCAUGAGGGGGCUUUAAUCACUUAUCUCCCAAGCCACACUCAACAGGAAGAAAUGAACUAUGUGGAGCAUGGCAACAGAAACCUUUUCCUAUAUCUAGCUGUACCACUUUCUGGUACCCAAAGUGUUUCCAUCAUUAGAAACAAUCAAUAGCUGGUUGUUAGCAGAAUGUUAACAAGAAAGGCAGAUGUUAAAACCAGACCCAGAAAAAACAUUUCCAAUAUGUAACAUAGGGUUAGGGAGGAAUUUGUUUGGACCACAUUUUGCAGGGGACAGGUGCAGCUGAAAUAUGCCCUUCACCAGAUUUUGCAAAGCUGGUGUGAUGCACAAAAACUACAAACCCCCACCCCCCAAAUAUGUAUUUUACAUAUGUCACAGGUGAUGCAUUGGAAAGCACUGAAAAGUGGGUAUUUUGGGCAAGAAAGUGCAUACAAAAUUUGUAUAUGUUCAAUGCAGACUUUUCCUGUGUUCUUAAAAAAAGAAAGGAAAAACCAUGGAAGAUAAGAGUGUGACAUGUGAAUGUGGAGAAACUGGCCCACUGAAGAGAAGUAUCAUUUUUAUGUGUUGCUCCGUCCACUUUUGUCUCUGGUCCUGGCCAUCUAUAGCAUGUGGUUCCCAGAAGGUUGCUCAGAAGGGAGUGUGGCCCUCAAGCUGAGGCCCAGCUUCAUAACGGACACCUUGACUUAGGAUGGGAGGGAAGCAUCACAUUUUGGGUGCCAUCCCUGUAUUGACUGUAUCUCCAUUCUUUAGCCUGGCCCUGGAGACUAACCUAUUUUUGGUCUCAUUUAGGCCAUAUGCCUGUUAACAAAUUCCCGUAACAAGGAGUUUCUCCUUCAAGUGGUUUCCUGAAGCAAAUUCAGCUCAGAUUGCAGCUUCUUGAGUCAUUGCAGCUGGAAAGGAACUGUUAGUAGGUCAGGUCAACCCAGGGCUGCCCUCUGCAUAGUUUGGUUAUUCGCUCAACCUCUCUUGCUAGAAAAAAAAGAAGGCUCUUUUGCCAGGGCUCUGUCAUGGCCUCGCCUGGCCAAGCUGUGAAACUCAGGGUGGAGCUAUGCUGAUGAGGAGGGUGGGUCUACACUUGGUGCUAAAUGCCUCCCAAUGAAUUCUGGAGGAGAAAGUAAAGCUAGAUGGGCUGUGAAUAUGGACCUGUUGAGCCCAAUUCCCUCCCCAGAGGGUCCCUGAAUAACACAGAGGGCCAGUGUGUAGUAGCAGCCAGAGUGCUGGACUUCAGAUAAGGAGGCCUGGGUUCAAAUUCCUGCUCAACCAUGAAGUCCACUGGGUGGCCUUGGGCCCAUCAAGAUGGGCGUCCCUGAUUCAGAAAUGACAUAUUCUGGAAGAAUGGCAUGUGUCUCAGCCGGCUUGUUUGAAUGUCCGCUAUUGAAAGUGAUGAUGCAUAGAACAUAGAAAGCUGCUUUAUAGGGGCCAGACCAUUGGCCCACCAAGUUCAGUAUCAUCUGUACUGACUGGCAGACGCUGUCUAGGGUUUCAUGCUGGAGUCUUUCCCAGCCCUGCCUGGAGACGCUGGGGAUCAAAUCGGGGACUUCCACAUGCAAAGCAGGUGCUCUACCACUGAGCCAAAGCCCUUUGAUACACAUCUAAGGCUAUAUACACCCAAGGUGCAUUGCUCCUCACUCACCCUCCUCUCCCUCCCAGAGGCAAUUUAGGUGGCACAAGCACCAUUUCUCAUGUUUCCCUCAUAAGAACCAGAGGUGAGUUUCUCACCUUCCGGGGAGAAAAGGAAGCACUGUUAUUUUCUUCAAAAAUAGCACCUUGACAAUUAGAUGUGGCGAAAACAGGAAAACAAAUAUUUUUAGCCCAGCAGCUUUCCAAGUCUUUUACUAUUUGUCAUCCAGGUUUUGUCAGUGAAAGAGGAAUGUAUAAAUCCUUUCCAAGAAAUUCUAUUACACACAGACAGACAGACACACACCCCUUAACACAUUUAUGUGGAAAUCCUAAGGCUUUGGAAUGCGUUUGACAUAAGUCCAGUUUUCCACAGACUAAUGAGUCAGAAUGUGAAUAAGUGUCCAUGUACCCUCCCUUAUAGAGAGCAGUUCUCUCUUUGAAGGUGUCCUCUGUUGGCAGGAGGAGACUCCUCUGUUUGAUUGUCCUGUCUGCUCCAUGCCUGGUUUAAGGUAUAUAUUUUAAGAUUUUAUAUAUGGAUGUUUUAUGAUGGCCUAUAUUUGUAAUGCCUAAUAAAGGUUUGGUGAUGUAAGGUGGUUUAAGGUAAACAACACUUAAGAGGGGAGAGCAGGUGGGUCUUGAUGUUGCCCACCAAUAAUUUGCAGCACCUUGCCAGCAGUCAACAAGAGCAGGCACACUGGCCGCAGUCUUCCUUGCUAUGUUGCAAAGUCUCCUGUAUGUAUUUAAAUAACUAAUUCAUUUAAUUCAUUUUAAAGCACUUAUAAGCCACUUAAUCUUUUUAUAAUAAGUGGCAUACAAUGUGAAACAAAGAAACAAUAUCAUUAAAACAAAAGUACAACCUAAAACCAGCAAAACAGCAACAUAAAAGCAUAUAAAAAAUAAAAAAUAAAAUAGGAAUUGAGGGAUUUAUUUUGUUUGCAUCUAAAUAUAUAAAUUAGCGUAUGCCAAUACUAUGCAAUUUGGCACCUUCUUCAUUCUCUUUUUGGGGGUGGUGUUGAUGUGUAAAGGACUACCCUAAUUAGGAAGCCAAAUUCUGUGAUACUACAACAAAGAAGGCCGGUGUGCAGGAGUGGGAAAGCAUUUUUUUGCUCCAUGGCUCAGAUCCUCCAAAAGAUCUGCUUUGUGGGCUAAAUUUGAGAGAUGAGUGGGGUUGCUCACUUGUCAAAACUCCUUGUGCUUCAAUCUGAAAAGGAGAGGGAAAGAGACUCUCAUCUGUUCCCUUUUAAGCUCUAGAUCUCUGCAGCCAAGCGCUUCAAGGCAGUCUCCACACUUCACCCAUCUCCCCACUUAAAGCAAAGGGCUUUAACUUCUGAGAUUAAAUCCUGCCAUCUGGGCUGCAGGAUCCUGUUCCCUGCUGGAAGCAGGUACUGUGGCUGAUACAGGAUUAAUAAAUACACUGUCUUCCCACACAUCAGCCAGUGUCAGCUGAUGGGCGAGUGGGCACGAUUUAUUGCGUCAAAAGCAAUUCAAGUGUUUCAUGGAACCUGAUGGGAAACAUGGUCCAAAAACAUCUGGAGGUCCACAUGUUACCCAUCCCUGGAAUACCUUUCAGGCACUUGGCAUGGCUCUGCUAGAGUCUUGCAGACACACACACAAUUAUAAUCUUUGCAAUGAAAGCUAAGAUCCUCAGGAUGUUAAAUUGGGUGUGAUCGCUUGCUCUCCAUAAUUUGGUGGCCAGGUGCACGAAAGACAUGGUGUCCCCGUCGUGUGCAGUCUCCAGCUGCAAAUCUAUUUAGAAUCACAGCUUCAGUUACGGCUGGGCAGACAGCAGGCGGUUCCAAUGCUUAUGAGGGCAGAAAUGGCUCUGCUGCUUCUCUGAAAGUAAACACGCAGCUGAGACGUAUUUUCCUUGGCUUUUGGGUUCCUUGCAGCUCAGCAUUGCAGCAGCAGCAGCAGCAGCAGAAGACACUUCAGGCUAAUGUCUAUUUACUCAUCCAGCAUGGUUACAGCUUCAUGUUUUGCUUUCGCUCGGUGUGCUUGUCUCAUGUGUUCCCCGCCCCCCCUUUUUUCCUGGGGGCCAUGAAGCCUAUAAAAGAGUCUCACAGACCAAGCAGAAAGGCCAACUCUAAACGACUCUCCUGGGGCUGGCUCAUAAUCCGCCUUUCAUCGAGUCAUAUUUACCUAAUAGGACUUGGAAAUCAUCAGCGUUCACCUCUGGAAUACAAACGGAGCUUUGAAGUCCUUUGUGUUUCAGUGCAAGCAACACACAAGCCAGUGAGUCCUUGGUGCUUUUUUUCAGUCCAGGAGCUGCUCCGGAGAGGGGAUUAGCAAUCGCAAAUGAUUUUAUUUUCUGCACGCCCAUAGCAAAUGCUUCCAACUAGAGCUGGUGCUAAUUUGAUGCGCGUUGCAAGAACAUGUGUUCUUGGCUCGAAUUUAACAAAUCCCCCUCCCCAACUCCUCACCAUGCUUUGGCUCAGAAAAGUUACACGAUCUAAGCAUGGGAUGUACUUAAAUGACCCAAACACAACGCAGGGUUGCCAGAAAGCCAGGUACUUUUACCUUGUCUUGGCAUGGGCUUGGUUUACAUUUAUGUUGAACCAAUGAUUCGAUGCUGCACUGCCAGUUUUAUAUGCCUGUGAAACACCUCUUUUCUUCUAAAGAAGAAAAUAGUCCCAGUAAAGCCGAACUCAGUGCUAUGUCCCAAUUAGCACUCUAGCACAAGCAUGAUGAUGAUGAUGCUUAUAGCACAGGACUGGGGAGCCUGUGGUGCUCUGGUUGUUGUAGGACUCCCAGCCAGCAUGGCCAGCAGUCAGGGAUGAUGGGAACUUUAGCAGUGCACUAGUUUCCUCAUCAUCCCUGUGUUAUCAUAAAAGUCAGUUCCCUUGGGGGAAAAAGGCACCAACCUUCCCAUAAUUUGCAUUGUAGUCACCAUAUGAUGCCCAUAACUAUUUCAUUAUUUCUCUGCAAUUACAAUUUAUUUCCACUAAAAAAGAAAAAGAAAUUAUGGGAUGGAUUUAUUUAUUUUUGGCCAGCAAUUCCUCCCUAAUGCAAUGCAUUUCUGUAAGUCAUUUUCACAAAGAGCCAAUGGUGGGCAGGAUCAGAGCCAGCGACAGGCAGAGCCAGCUGAUUCCAGUUUUGUUCCAACCUGCUUCCUGCUGAGUUCUACAAGGAGUAGUGCUGAGACGGAGGAGGGGGAAACUAACAGGCAGUACCACCUCUGGACUGGUUGUUAAGUAAGAUGGCUGGGCAGGUGGAUGCAAACUGAGGGUGGACUGAGGUUGGUGGGUCAGUGCCCCAUUCACACCAAAGGACCAGCCUCCACUGGUUCCAGUUCUUUCCCAGUCUUUCUGGUGUUCAGGCUGCAAGUGCUAGUCUUCCUGCAUGACCUCUAAACAGUUAAAGCAACCUUUUCCCACAAACUGGACAGGAUGCCCAAUAUGGAAAUAACAUCACGGUAUAAGCACUUCUUCUUUUCCUGGAAUGCAAGGAUGCUCUGCAACAUUCCGUACUGAGGCACACUUGAUGUGUUGCUUCUUUGGGUUUAAUUCUGAGGCUUGGUUGGAAAAUGCCACCAUCUUCAUUUUGCCUCCUCUAAUGCCUUUCUGUCUUUCUUCCACAUAGAGAUGGGACGAUGAGCUGGAGAGAUCGGCCGAGUCCUGGGCCCAUGAAUGCAUUUGGGAUCAUGGGCCUGCCACCCUCCUUAGGUCUAUUGGUCAAAAUCUGGCUGUUCACUGGGGCAGGUAAGAUGUGUUAAUUGUCUUAUGGUGUCUGUGCUUGCUGCCCUGAGCUCCUUUGGGAGAAAGAGUGGGAUAAGAAUUUAACUAUGAACAGAGAUAAUGAAUGAAUCUAAGAUGGUUACCAAGCCAAGCAAGGCACAAUUCUACACAUAUCUACUCAUGAGCAAGCCCCAUUGAAUUCAAUGUGAUUUACUAGUACGUAGUUAAGUGGUUGUAGUAUAGAAGCCUUUAGACCACGCCCAUAUGGCAAAUUUACAAGUGUGUAGGCAGUUUGAAAGCACGUCAACGUGCAAGUAGAUAAAUAGGUACUGCUCCAGCGGGAAGGUAAACAGCGUUUCCAUGUGCUGCUCUGGUUCGCCAGAAGCGGCUUAGUCAUGAUGGCCACAUGACCCAGAAGCUGUACGCUGGCUCCCUCGGCCAAUAAAGCGAGAUGAGCGCCGCAACCCCAGAUUCGGCCAUGACUGGACCUAAUGGUCAGGGGUCCCUUUACCUUUACCUUUAGGCAGGGGGAAAUGCCAUAGGAAGGUUUAUUCUAAAUAAAGGUCUUCUCUCCACACACUCUUCCUAUCAAAAGAGCCUCUGCAUGUGUUGAGCUUCACUCACCAAUGGAAACUUGUUUAGUUUCCCACUGCCUAUGCGCAGCUUUUAGAUGCCCCCCUCCUGGUCUGUGGCGGUGGCUCAACCAUGCAACAAGGAGCAGCAUUUAAAUGUCUGAUAUAUAUCCUGGUCUAAAUGCCCAUUCAUACUCCAGGAUUGCAGAGCUAUUGUUCGCACACACAUUUCCCAUGUGUUUGGGUGUGGUUUUUUUUUAAUAAAAAAAAUUACUCUGUGCUGCAUGAAUUUUCUCCAUUUGGAAGAGUGCUGGUGAUGUGUUGCAUGCAGGGAAAUGGUCCAAAAAGAAGCAGAAAGUCAGUAGCAAGACAGAAGCCAGGGCAGAAUCUUCUGUAACCUACAGAAAUCCAUAUUUGGUGACGGAACACGACGUCCAAAUGGCUAAGCUCCUUAAUCCUUAGUGUCAUCCCAUGUCCUGCUAGGCUCUGUACUCCCCACUUUGGGUUCAUUCCCUGAUUGUGAGCACAUAACGUGGACUAAGAGGGAGCGUACUUUCCAUAAUCCCAGUUGAAGGCUUCAUCCUAACACUGCACUGGGCAGGGUAAGAAAUCAUGCUUGUUGAUGCAGCUGAAUGUUUUUGCCAGCUCCUAAUUUGAAGAACUGGCUGCCAACUGGAGAGUGGGCUGAGCUCCACUACCUACUUUCAGUUCAGGGUUUAUAUCUUCCACUUCCCACACAGCCUAAUGGUGAAGUUGUUAUUUAUUUUGCUACACCUGCAGCCUGGUGAACAGAGAGAGUCCCUGAGUUUCUGAAGAGAUUUCACUAAUGUCCCCAGAGAAUGAGAGGGCUCCUAAAAAAACAGCGUGGGAGAUUUCAUGCUCAGAACUUUAUAAUGCAACUCACUUUGAAUCCCAUUUUUUAGGGGGCGAAAUUCCAUUCUGCUCAGUUGCUAAAAGUCACCAGUCCCAACCUGCCCACACUUAUACCAUUCUGGAGUCAGUCCAGGGCUCAUCUCCACUUCUUUUCCUAGCAAAGUGGCAUAUAAAAAAGCCUUGUGGAGAAAUUCUUGGUGCAUCUCUUGCAAGAUGGGAAACAGGAGGCUAGGCUAGACUGGCCCUGGUCUGAUCCAGCUGGGCUUUUCUUCUGUUGUGGAUUCUUGGCAGUGCGGGAAAGGUACUCUGCCAUAAAUACUCAAGAGAGGCAAUGGUAUUCUCUGUCAAAUUAAGAACACAAGAAGAGCCUGUAGGACCAGGCCAAUGGCCCAUCUUGUCUAGCAUCCUAUUCUAAUGGUAGCCACCCAGAUGCCUGUGGGAAACCAGCAAGCAGGACCUGAACACAAGACCACUCAUGCAACAUGCAGCAACUAGUAUUCAGAAGCAUGAGUGCCUCUGACUGUGGAGGCUGAGCAUAGCCAUCAUGGCUGGUAACCAUUGAUUGCCUUCUCCACAAAUUUGUCAUCUCCUCUUUGAAAGCCUUCCAAGUUGGAGGCCACCACUGCUUCCUGUGGGAGUGAGUGCCAUAGUUUAACUAGGUGCUGCAGGAAUAAAAAGUAAGGGACCCCUGACAGUUAAGUCCAGUCGCAAACUACUCUGGGGUUGCGGCACUCAUCUCGCUUUACAGGCCGAGCGAGCUGGCGUUUGUCCACAGACAGUUUUUCCAGGUCAUGUGGCCAGCAUGACUAAGCCACUUUUGGUGAAACCAGAGCAGCGCACAGAAACGCCGUUUACUUUCCCGCUGGAGCAGUACCUAUUUAUCUACUUGCACUUUUGGCAUGCUUUUGAACUGCUAGGUGGGCAGGAGGUGGGACCGAGCAACAGGAGCUCACCCCGGAGGCUCAGUGGUUUAGAUCACAGCGCCACCUGCAUCCCUUGCUGCAGGAAUAGGCGCUGCCUUUUAUCUGCGCUGAAUCUUCCACCAGAACUGGAAUAUAUCUUUCUUUUCCUUAGGUAUCGCUCUCCAGCUUUCCAUGUCCAGUCUUGGUACGAUGAAGUGAAAGAUUAUACCUAUCCCUAUCCCCACGAAUGUAAUCCCUGGUGUCCAGAGAGAUGUUCAGGACCGAUGUGCACCCACUACACACAGGUAAGGGAAGCGGGACGGGGCUUCUGUUGGAACUUGCUGCUUCUUGUUGCAAGUCUGCCAGAUGUGGGCAGAUGUGAAAAUGCUAGGGGACUGAUCUUGUGUGGCAAGUGUUGACAUAAUUUGUGCCCUUGUGCCCAUUUGCAGGUGGUCUGGGCAACGACAAAUAAGGUUGGCUGUGCUGUGAACGUCUGCAAAAGGAUGGACGUGUGGGGCCAAAUCUGGGAGAAUGCUGUCUACCUGGUCUGCAACUACUCUCCUAAGUAAGGAAUUGGGAACAGGGUUAUAGAUUCCUUUCUGUUCUCCUUUAAAGGGGAAUCUAACAAAUUUGGGUUUUCUGAAACAACAUGUGAACUGAAGCACAGCGAUCCUUUGAAAUUCACACUUUUCUGAAUGUUGCAAUGCAAUUCUCCAGCCAAGUAAUAUGCACAAAAGGAGGGUAAAGACUGCAUAUAUUAGUGAAAAUAAUACGUAAAAAUGCAAUUGAUUAGGUGCCAAAAUGUGUACAUUAUGAGGGGGUGAUGAAUUUUCAUGAGGACUUUUGUUUUCAAACAAACCACAUACAGAUGUGGAUAUAUGGAGAGCUGAACUAAAGGCUGGAAAGAUGAGAAUUUGAUAGGCACUGAUUCACCUGUCCCUAUAAGGGAUGCAAGUUGAAGUAAUUGCAGUUUUGUGCAUAUUUUGUCUCAGUUGGCAGCAACUGGGCAGGCUAUUUCCAACUGUCUUUCUGGUUAUGAGUAAUGCCAAAGCCCAAUGGGUCAGUUAGGGACAGUGGCACUGCUGGUGACAUAAAAGACAGGGGAUUGUAUCCAAUGUAACGCUAAGUUAAAGUCACUUAGUGGUAUACUUAUCUGCUGGCCAAAUGUGUUGCACCAGCAGAACAUUGUUGUGCAAGCAGAUAAUCAGAUUGCUGGUAACGUUGUUGCACAACAGAUUGCACAAUCCAUUGCUAGAGCAACUGUUACAUUCAAUUUCUCUGUUGCACAAUAUUUAAAGUCACCUGUCUGCUGGAGCAAGAGCCCUCAUGCUUGCAAACACUGGAGAACACUGGAGACAUCCCCAUAGUGUAAAGACCAAUGUUGAACACCAGGCUGGGUUGAGGAAACGUAAUCAGUUUUGGACCCCACCAGUGCUUCCAUCACUUAAGAAUAUAAGAGGAGUCUGCUGGAUUAGACCAAUAGCCUGCCUACUCCAGCAUCACAGUGGCUGGUCAAAUGCCUAUGGGAAGCCUGCAAGACAAACAUGAGCAUAACAGCACUCUGCUCACCUGUGAUUCCCACCAACUGGCACCCAGAAGCAUAAUACCCCUGACAGUGGAGGUAGAACAGAGGCAUCCUUAAUCCGAACUUUGAACAGGCCCUCUUGUGGGCUUGUUUGUAUCAAAAUGGCAGCUCCUGCUCCUUUGAAUGUUUUGAGAAGUGUGUUUCUGGACAGGCGUGGCUCAAACAUAGGUCUCUCACCUCUCCUGAAGACAAAUUUGGUGCUGAGUGAUUUCUGCCCAGUAAGGAUGAGUGGGUUAGCAUGAAGGAAACAUUGUGUGAGUCUGAUGUUCCCAGACACUGGCAAUUUGUCUGGCUCACACAUCACAGCUAGUAUUUUGGAUCUCUUGGAAGACUCUUCGGAAGCUCUCCAGGACGGGGAAUGGAACAUGUUCCUGAGUGGGGAAGACCUGAACAUCCGUGCUAAGUUCCUCCAGCCACCUGAAUGUCCUGUGAGGAAAGAAAUGGAGGCAGCCUUGACUAACAGCUUUGUGGAACUAGUGAGGGGGAGCCAGUGGCAAAAGCCCGUCAGUGACUGGCUGGUUGUGAGGUAUAUAAAAAGGCAGCUUCACUUCUGAACUCUGCCAAGUUAUCGCUAGAGUGCUGCUCAACUAUACAUUUGUGGAAGGGAGUAAUCUUUUCCCAUAUUUACAGUAAUCUAUCAAUGAGUAAGUACAGUAAGGACAUUCAGUUCUUCCGUAGCUCCACGGUGCUUCGAGGCCUCAGGAGGGUAAAGAUCCAGGCAACUGGCCUGGAACAGUCCAGUGAAGCAACUGAAUAUGUUAAAGUGUGGAACAGAGGACACUUGAGAGAGGAGGAAUUAAGGAACUUUCAAAAUGUGUGCUCACUUUUCAGAGGCAACUGGAUCGGAGAAGCACCUUAUAAAAACGGCAGGCCGUGUUCUGAAUGCCCGCCUAGCUAUGGAGGAAGGUGCCAGAAUAAUCUCUGUUACAAAGGUACGUGGUUAAGCGGUUUGCAAGAUGUCAAGAGAAUUGGCAUAUGCAGCACUCGGGUGGCGCUGUGGGUAAAACCUCAGCGCCUAGGGCUUGCCGAUCGCAUGGUCGGCGGUUCGAAUCCCCGUGGCGGGGUGAGCUCCCAUCUUUCGGUCCCAGCUGCUGCCCACCUAGCAGUUCGAAAGCACCCCUAAGUGCAAGUAGAUAAAUAGGUACCGCUUUAUAGCGGGAAGGUAAACAGCGUUUCCGUGUGCUGCGCUGGUGCCGGCUCACCAGAGCAGCUUCGUCACGCUGGCCACGUGACCCGGAAGUGUCUCUGGACAGCGCUGGCCCCCGGCCUCUUAAGUGAGAUGGGCGCACAACCCUAGAGUCGGACACGACUGGCCCGUACGGGCAGGGGUACCUUUACCUUUUACUUUAGUGCAUAUGCAUAGAUACAAAUGUAGAACUGUAUUUCCCCCUUAAGGCUGUGACCAAAGGGAGGGGGAUCUGUGUGCUUGCUCAGUUUGCUGUCCAGCUGCUUGCUGUUGAUGGGUUAGCUUCAAGAAAUGUUUCUGAAUUCCAUUCGCUGAGAGCCAUGGAUGAGGAGGGGCAGAGCUCUGUGCUUGUGCUCAGGUUUCUCACAGCAUCUGGUGAGCCACUGUGAGAAGAGGAUGCUGGACUAGAUGGGCUGUAUCAAUGUUAGUCCUACUCAGAGUAGACACACUGAAAUGAUUGGACGCAACCAACUCAGGCUCAUCAAUUUCAGUCGGUCUACUUUGAAUAGAACUUUGCCAGUAGCAACACAAUGAACAUCAAGGUUACUGAUGUACAGUGGGUUGGUUUCUACACCCAACUCGCAUACCCUACUCUAGUCCCCAUCUAGGAAAGCAUGAGUCACAAUCAGAGAUCCAGGGCACAUUGCUGGCCAGGCAAAAAUACUCCCAGAGGGUGUAAAGCGGGGCCAAUAGAGAUUGUGGCCUUGGAAGAUAAAUGGGCAUGCCUUGAGGACAUCGCAUGGGCUGGACAGAGAGGCAUAGAGGUCUCCAUUUGAUGCCUGCCCCCAGGUGUGAAUUUCCCUAUGCAUGGGCUAAUCAGAUAGUAAUUCUUAUAUUUGUACAGAUCUUGUUUGUUACUUCAUACUCCAGUCAAAGCCACACUGUAAAUAUAAAACACAUGGCUUUCCCCCAAAGAAUCUUGGGAUCUGUAGUGCACUCUCCACAGAGGUGCUGUGGUGGUGUGGAUGUGACCUUUAGAAGAGAAGGACCCACUUUUCCCUUCUGUUUGCUUUGCAUUUUAAGCUUUCAAGCAGAAGUGAACUUCUGGGCAAUGCAGCCAACCCCCCUAAGUAAAUUAAAGGGAGCAGUCACCUCCACCACCUGCCCCACUGACCUUAAAUAUUAACAAGAUGCUUUUUCUUUCAAUCUGUUGGGGUGAAAAAAGAUGACGGUUACGUCCAAAAACCCGAGACCGAGGAGACCAACGAAGUGGAGACGCCCCAGGUGACGGACAGCAAACCUGUGUGGAAGCCCAAAGCCACAAAACCUGUGAAAGAAAAGCCAACCGCUGUGUCUUACAUGAGUAAGAGAGCAUUACUGUCUCCCUCUCCUAAGUUUCAAGAUGCUCCUGCAAGGGAAUUUUUGGUCACCUGUAGCUUUCUAAAGAGAGAACCCCCUUAAAGCUUCUAGACCAAGACUGGGGAAGUUGUGGCCCUGCAGAUCUUGUUGGACUCCAACACCCAUCACCAGCAUAGCCAAUGGUCAUGGAUGAUGGGAGUUGUAGUCUAGCAACGGCUUGAAGGCUUCAUCUGCACAAGUGUGACCAUGUGGAUAUCUGUUACAGUACUUGCCCUGCUGAUGGUUCUAUAUUUUCUCUUCCCCCCUCCAGCACAAGUGAUCAAGUGUGACACCAAAAUGAGGGAUAAAUGCAAAGGAUCGACAUGUAACAGGUAAUCACCCCCUCCCUCUCUUUCCUUUCCCCACCUUGCUGGGAAAGCAGAGGCCUCACCCUUGGCAAAGUCGCACUAUAUUUUCAAAGCAAAAGAUGGGCUGUGCUCUGUUUGUUGUGACACGGAUCCAGUGGCUGUGUAGAAGCCCCUUGUCUAUGAAGCCAGCCUUUCAGGGCCCAUUCAUGCAAAUGACGCAGCCAAAUUCAGCCAAGAUUAAGGGGCCGCAGUUGAUUUCGUGCAAGUGCCUGCAAUGUGUAACCCGCAGUUCCCAAAGUGGCCGACACUGUUUGGCUAAUGUUGGCACUGACCUUUCAGCACCCUCGCUCCAGCAAUGUUUACUUAUCUCAGCUGGACCAUCAAUUGCCUCCACCCACCAAGCCUGCGUGUGAUGGUUUUAGUUUAAGUACAGUACAGUUUAUCACUUGGGUUUUUUUUGUGGGGGGGGGGACGGGGUCGUGGAGAGCAGCAUGCCAAAUCCAAACCAAACAUUGGUAUUAAAGAGAGGGUUGUUUGAAAAUGUUGAGUGGGGAUGGUGUCCCGUUUUUAUGCAUUGCUUUUUUUUGUUAUUGUUUCUCCUUAAAAACGUGGGUAGUUCAAAUGAGGUUAGUAAAGCUGCACAACAUUUUAUUUGCAAAUCAGUGGAGUCUGAGUACUUGCUUUUGCAACAUAGCCCACACUCAGUCUAGAUCUAUUGUAUUAUUUUUUUUUGCCCCUGAAAAGUGCUUCUUGAAAAACUGGUUUUGUUCCAAAAAUAAAAACUCAUUGCAGGUAGACCUUACCGUGGGUCCAUUUAAAUCACUGGUCAGUAAGACUUGAUUUAAAUCAUUUUUUUUUACAGAAAGACUCAUUCUUGCUGGUGCAAUCUUAAUAUUUACAACCAGAUGAAUGUUUCAUUUUUGGAAAAAUUAAUUUUCAAAGUAGUUUUUACAGUUAUAUCAAAAAUUACUGAUUUGGUUAUAUUAUUAGAAAUACAAAUACAGGUAAUUAUGAAAUUAUUAUUUAUAUUUGGACAACUUUUCUGCUGUUCUUUAUUGGAAGGAGAAAAAUAAUCAUUUCCUUAAUAACAAUUUGAACAACUUAUUUAACUAAAACAAUAGCAUUAUAGCAUAUGUAUCCAUGUUUGUUAACUGAUAUGGUUAAAUGAUUAAAAAACAAACAAACUUAGACUGAAUUUCAGCACAUACGAUAACUUAAAAACAAAUUCUUAUUUCCUGAUGAAUAGCCUUUGGACUAUAACGUAACUUAAAUAGUAAACUAUCUUUAGAAAGAUUUUUCCUCCAAAAGCAUUUUAUUUUAGAAACCCGAUUUAAAUAAAAUUGAAUUUUUUGAUUUUUUAAAAUAAAAAAAUCAUUGAUUUUUAUCCACCCUGGUGUGUACACAGCCCCUGUCCACUGUAUGUUGAUGAAGCUUGCAAAAGCCACUUUGGUGGUGGUGUUGUUUUGCGGGGGCAGGGGACAGAUUUGAUUAUCUGACUCGGUGGUCUUCCCCAUUUGUCUACCUCCAUGGAACUUUGUCCAUCAGCUCUAUAUACCUAAAAGUUCUAAAGACAGAGUGAGCUUGCAGUUUGAUCCAAGUCAUGAUCCUCUUGGAAUCCUAGUUUUGUGGGUUCCGCCUCUAUCCCUAAUCAAGACCCACAAGUCAAAGCUGGUAACAGGCGCAUAUCCAUUCCUAACAUGCAUUGCACCCACAACAUGACCCCAUUUCAGGGGAAGUUUUUAUUUGUUUGGGGUUCAAAAAAGGAGGAAAAAUGAAUGGAGGGAGGAACAAGAGAGAGACAGAGAAGAAUGGGCAAGUCAGAAUGUAUGAUAAAAAUAAAAAGUGGCUUCUCUGUUUCAGGCUGGGUCUACAGAUAGUUCCAAAAAGCUUGAAGACUAUUACAUGGCUAACUAUACUCAUUUAUUUUUUUUGCUAGAUACCUGUGUCCUGCUGGCUGCUUGAACAAUAACGCAAAAGUGUUCGGAACCUUCACCUAUGAAAGCGUAAGUAAUAAAGUAAUAAACAGAGAUAUUUGCAAGUCCCAAGAAAUGGAGGAUAAUGAUGUGCCUUAGUGACCUGUAUGAUGAUAGAACCACCAAGCAUAGUCACCCUGGAUAAAAGCCAAGCACACAACCACAGCCUUGUGUUCUAUGUAGGUGGCUUUCAGUUCAACAGGGCCACUCCCAUCAUACAGUGUUUAAUUAGUUCUUACCUGCUAAAAAAUAAAUAAAUGCAUGAUGUCUGGCUUCCAAAACUGGGGUGUCUGCAGAAUGAAGAAGCUCCAGAUUCUGUUGGAGCUCGAAAUUCUGCUAGACAUCAUGCAUCACUAGCUAGGCCUUACCCUGGCUCUAUCUAGACAGAUACUGCUCUAGCUUACUCCUGAUAGGUCACAUUACUCUUGGCUUUGUCUCUAAUAACAGCAAACAUUUUAUAUAUGAAAUAUAUGAGCCACACCCUUCAACAUAAACUUCCAGGGCAAUGUACAAUUUAAAGACUAUUAUUGUAAUACUAAAACUAAAAUUAAAAGAUCAACAAUAAAACCAAAGCACAGAAACAGUAGCAUUCAUUUAGUGAUCAGCAAAUAAAAUCAACAAUUUUUACAUUCCACCCCUUGAAGUCCAGGCUUCCCUUGUACUCGUUCCAAUCCGUGUGUCUGUGUGUUAGUAUUUUGAAAAUCAAUGUUGUCAGCUAUGCUCCAUAUUAAUUGUGGCUUGUAGGCUAUGAAUGGCAAAUGCCACUAGAUCAAUUCAGGAUUUUGAGACAGCGCUGUGGGCAUCUGUUACAAGAUUGCUGCCAUAGGGACAUGACACAACACAAAAUGGCUUUCAGAUCUAAAAGAGCAGAAAAAGAGGGCCACAAAUUGAUGCAAUCAUUGGAAAAAAGCAUCUUCAUCAAUCACCACUACACUCACUCAUAGAGAGAAACUCUUUCAGCCUCUCCUCUGUUCAGAACUAAAGGGAGGGAGGGUGUUCUGGAAUCUGAUGGCACAUGGGCAUGUUUAAGGGGAUGCAUUCAAUGUGGGAGAAGCUGAGCCAGAACAAACAGAAACUGAGCAGGAAGAGCAAACAGUCUCCCAUACAUUACAGAUUUUUUGGGGGGAGAAUAUUUAUUGAGGCCUUUUCCAGGUGCCAUAGGUGGGUACUGGAGGGCACUGUGGCACCCAGAGGCACUGCAUUGAUGACCCCUGCUCUGGAUUAAUGACAGACUGCUACCAAAAAUGCAAGCUAUUCCAUCAGCUAGGAAGAGUCUUACAAAUAAACUCUAUUAACUGUCUUCUGUAAAAAUAAUGUUCCUUGCAGUCAUCCAGUAUAUGUCGGGCUGCCAUCCAUUCUGGGGUGCUGGAUAACAGAGGAGGCCUGGUAGACAUCACCAGGAAAGGCAGAGCAGAUUUCUUUGUGAAGUCUUCAAGAAAUGGCAUCCAAUCAUCAAGGUAAUUUACCAUGGGGGGAAAUCUGAGCAGUAAAUAUUCUGGGUGAUGGUUUUGGUGGGUUUUAACUUGGGCCUUAAGUUGGUUUCUACAUUUACUGAGCUGCCUGAAAGGCUCUGUAGUCAAGGGCAUAUGGACAUCACAAGAUCGAUCUAGCCAGAUCUAGCUCAGGAUAGUGUUUACUUACAAUGACUAGCCAGAUGACUCUGGGAAGCCUGCAGGUAGGGCUUGAAAGAAGAAGCCUUCCCUUUAUUCUGUUGCCCAUGGGCAAAUAUUUGGAGGUAUAUUGCCACUGAAUGUGGAGGUUCUGCUUAGAUCUAAUGGCUCAUAGCCUUAUCUUCUGUGAAUUUGUUUAUCUCCCCUUUAAAGUAUCUAAGCAAUUGGGGGUGAAUUCCAUUGUGUUUUCUGCAAAAAACUACAGUGGUACCUCGGGUUAAGAACUUAAUUCGUUCUGGAGGUCCGUUCUUAACCUGAAACUGUUCUUAACCUAAGGUACCACUUUAGCUAAUAUGACUUCCCACUGCCACCGCACUGCCACGCCAUUUCUGUUUUCGUCCUGAAGCAAAGUUCUUAACCCGAGGUACUAUUUCUGGGUUAGCAGAGUCUGUAACCUGAAGUGUCUGUUACCUGAGGUACCACUGUACUUUCAUCUGCCCAUCCAAAAUGUCCUGUCAUUCAGUUUCACAGGAAGAUUGUGAGUUCUAGUAUUAAGAGAGAGGGAAUAAAUCAGGAUCUGUAGAAGUGAAAGUCUAACUCCAGGUUCAGCAGUGAUGCGCUUUAAGGAAAUGUUGAGUCAUGGCUAUGUGUGUGACUUCCAUUAUCUUCUGAUUGGUCCCUUCUCCACCUAUGAAAUGGAGUUCCUGACAUACUAUUCUUAAUCUGAGAAACCUGAAGUUCCAAACUUCAGACUCCUUUAGGGGUGGCCAAAUGAUCACAGAAAAAUGGCCUGUUUACUCUUCUGCCUUUAACUGCAGUAUAAUUCAGAAAAAUAAAUAAAUGCUGUUGAGUAUUUUCAUGGCAUUAAAUACACAAACACACACUCCUGCUGGUGGCUGCAGGUCAACUUGUGAUACGCCCAGCAGCAGGGGCUUGUUUAACAGUUACAAAAUCUGGAAUUUAUCCUGCCUACUUCCGAUAUCUAACAGAUGCUGGUCCUCCUAUAAUGGUGCAUGGAGAUUUGAUUUAUUCAGUGCAUAUCUUUUAGUUAGAAACAGCCAGUUAAUACUUUUUGUUUUCUGUCUUUUGCAUUUCACAGCAAAUUCAAACCUUCUAAUUCCUUCAUUGUUUCAAAAGUCACAGGUAAGUUUUCUUUAUAGGGAGCCUAUAAUAGCUGAGAAGAUACUAUGCCAUUCAGGGGUUUGUUAGGCAUGGAAAAGCUUCCUAGAACUGUACAUUAUACUAGAACUGGCCUUUGGUUUACAUCAAGGAUGUGGGGGAUGGGAUCUGGCAGACAGGUCAGGCUGCUCUCUCCCCCACCUCUUGUGGGCCAGGUUUGACAGGUGGACUUGUGGGGGCAGAACAGGGGAUCUUGCAGAGGGCUUGGCAAAGCCACUCUGUAAAACAGCACUCGAAAGACAGCUUCUCUUGAUCCAACAAUCAACUUAUUGUCAGGUGUUGCUGAACCCAUUUCAAAGCUCCACUCAAGAAUGCCACUUGGUGGAUGAUAAUUCCCUCACAGAGUUAUAGUCCCCAGAGUUCUCUGUGAAGAGGAAAUUACUGUUAAACUUGGGGGUUGCCAUAUUUCUAAACAAGGAAAUCUAGACACAAAGGCUGUUGAGCCCAGGCACUGUUUCCUAUUGCCAUAUUCUGGCUAUGUCUGGGAAAUUCCAGACGUAUGGCAACCCUAGUUAAACCCCUCUGUGAAUUGCAGCACAGUGUGGGGACCAGGGGCGUUUCUAUUAACUCGCAGCACCUUUCACAAACUACAGCUCCCAGAGUACUUUGGGGGAAGCCAUGGCUGUACUAUCAUAGUCCUUUAAAUGAAUGCUGUGAAAGUAGCCACAAUCUCUUCCAUUAUAAUGAUUUUCUGAUGGCAUCUGGCUGUUACUCAUCUCUAAAAUGAGAUUAGGAGUGACCUGCUUUGCAGAGGUGUUGCAAAGACUUACAGAAAACAUGGUGAAGAACAUUAUAAGUAAAAAUUGUUGUCUAGGUGAAAUAAUAAUGAAAAUAAUAAUACUAAUGAACAUUGCUAGUUGCAUUGUCAAUCUGUGACAAGAAACAGCAAAGGAGCUGCUUUCAAAAUCCCGGUUUUGAUUAGGUUGGUCCAAAAUGAGUCCUGCAAUUUACUUUGAACUGAAACAAUCUCUUCCUCUUGGCUUCCCCCGCCACCCCAGCCAUCAAGAUGUGUGUCUCUUUCAUGUGCCUGUAAAAACAAUAUUCAUAAUUAUGACAAGAGCAAAGCAUGAAAGCUCCAAGAAAAAAAGAACACACACAAACACUCAAAGGCUAACUCUGGCAUUGUCCUGAAACAGACCCAUUUUCCAUCCAGUUACAGUUCUGAUCCAGGCUAAACACAGCUUUUUGUGUGUGUGUGCCAGACCCCUGUUCGCCUGAACAAAGGCAUUAGAAAGUUAGAGAUGAAAAAGGGGGGGGGGAGGGACUUUCAAAAGCAAUGCCAUCAAAAGCCUUUUAAAGUUAGGAUGCGACUUAUAAUCUGCCAGGAACAGACUGCAGACCGGACAGGACACUUACAAGGAAGAAUGAGGCCACUUAAAAAAACAAAAAAAACAACAACCUUGGAUUCCUUCCCUCCUUUUAAAUGAAGGAAUCUUUUUGCAGUUUAGCUGAUUCUCCAAGAUAAAGACUCUCAAAAAUGUAUCCUUUGUGUAAAACUGUUUGAAGAGAAGGGACUUGGAUGUGCGGGGCUGGCAUCUUUCAGCACUCUGCCUUCCAGCUGCUUCCAGGACCCUAACGCCCAUUAAAGCACCAGCUGUCCUCCCUGGAUGGCCCCUGAACUUUUCUUUGCUUCUGAUCCUCAACAGUAUCAGAUAUCUGGAUUUAGCCUCCCUUUUAAAUUUCCCACCAUGCCCUUGGAGUUUGCGUCACUCUGGGGUUACCAAGGGAAAUGUAAAGGGCGGCUGGACCCGGCUGGUUCACAGCAGCCAAGACAGGUUAGCUGACAGAAGGGGUCCACCAGAGGAUGCUUAAUGGUCCUCCAUUACUAGUGAUCCAGGGACAGCAUGGGACGUUUCAUUUAUCACCGACUGGCUAGCAGUUCCUGACAUCAACAGAGGCUGCUUUCCAAUCAGCAACUGCAAGGCUUUCAAGGGGAUGACUGAGCCACUCAGGAGCUCCUGCUCAGGAUGCAUAUUUCCUCUCACUGCUUGAUCCCGCUGCAGCAGCACCAGAGGACCCUUUUGCUCAAGGACUUCUCACCCUUGGAACUGGUCCUCUUAAUAUGCAAUGGGUGGUGUGUGCAUGGGGAGUCUGUCUUAAGUGCUUCCUUCCAUCCCAUGGACCUCACAACUUGACUUUGUGUUCAUUUCCACAGUGCAGACGCUGGAUUGUUACACCACAGUAGCGGAGCUUUGCCAGUUCAAGAAGCCAGCCACUCAUUGCCCAAGGUAAAUGCUGGAGUUAUCCUUGGUGGGUAUGAGUGGCCCAGGACUUCCCCCUGCAUGAGUCCCCAUUGCAAUGAAAGGGAAAUUCAUUUGUUUAUUUUACUCAUAUAAAGUAUUUAUAUGCCGCACUCUUGCAAAACAUCAGGGGAGUGUUCAGCAACGCAGAAACAUUAAAAGCACUAUGAUGCAAUCAUAAAAAUGAACAGCCACUCAUAGGACAUUUUAAACAAUGGUAUAAGCCUGUCAGCUUAAAGGAAUAUUCAAGAGACACCUGGCAGUCAAAAGCAAGACUGGUGAAAGCAGAGAGAAGGCUGGGAAAAUUCACAGCAAACAGCAGUAGCUGGUGGGAUGGUUCUCUGGUGGGGACAAUCAGCACCACAGAGAGGAGAAACAGCUCCCUCACUGGGAGGUAAGUGAGUAGCAGGGGCUUUUCAUUCAGUUCCUGAUUGACUAGCAGCUCCCAAUGUGGUAAUAUCAUCUGAAGCUGCUAGCCGGUCAGUAGCCACAGAGCUUGGAAGGUGCUGACUGAGCCAAUCCUGCCUCCCUGUUGCCUCUCAACAGUCAGUGGUAAGGAUUUCUCUUCCCCAUCUGGCCCAGUAACUGCAAAAAAAAGUAGCUGGUGACUCCCAGGAGCGAAUUCCUUCACCAGCUGACAAUGACUCUUGGUUUGAUCCAGCAAGGCUGUUCAAAUAUAUAUAUAUGUGUGCCAGGCAAAUUUUGUAGGGUGGUGGGAGACAGAAUCCGGAGCUUCCUGCCUAAAAGCUCAUUGUUGUAACAUAAGGGGUAGUGAAGGUGGCUCUGUAGGGAAAGAACUAUUCUCCUACAGUGCCCUCCUUAUAUUGCUGGGCCACAACUCUCUCAUCAUCCCUGACCAUUGGCCAGGCUUUCUGUGGCUCACAGGAGUCCAACAACCUCCUAGGUGGAGUCCAAAAACUCAUUGGCUAUCUAUGGUGCUAGAUGCUCAUUUCAAUGCAUUGCCUUUCAGGUCUUACUGCCCAGCUUACUGCAAAGAUGAGCCAUCCUAUUGGGCACCGGUGUAUGGCACCAACAUUUACGCAGAUGUAAGUAACCUUCUUUUCAUCCUGCUUGGCAAAAUGGGCUGUACAUACACAGUGGAGCUGUUGUGGCAUUUUCGGCUUCUGUAGUUUUAUGAAUGACAGGGCACCUUCCACCGAUCGUGAAAGUGAGCCCGCUUAUGAGUGCUGUAUAUCACAUCCAGAGUGCAAGCCAGGCUGUGUCAUUGAGAAAUCUGAAGGCUUUUCUGAAGAGAGGCAGAUAAAGCUGGAUGAGGUUUAUUCCUUCCAUUUUUAUUACCCAAACAAUCUCAAAGUGGCUUACCAAUAAAUAAAUACAUAAAGGUGUUUUAACACAUUGAGCUAAGACGUGGCUGCAAACCUGCUUUCCAUGUGAUAAAUGUAAGGUGGAGGCAGACUCAUAGUUUAUAGGCAAGUGACAGAAUUUGUAGUUCACCGGCAACCAGAGGAUUGCCAGAAGAGAAUUCUCAGCACUUUGGGAAGCCUACGGUUCCCAGGAUUUCUUGAGUAAGUGGACAAAAAUCAUGAUAUAGUCAAUGUUAGAAGAGUGGCAUCCUCUGUAUGCUAACAGCAUUGAGCUGGAACAGCAUUGAACAGCAUUGAGCAGGCCCAUGCUGACUGGGCCUGAGAGGAGUUGUAGUUCAAAGCACCCAGAGGCCAUUCAUUUGGUGAAGGUUGGCAUAGGGACAUUACAGAGCAGGCCUGUAAUUCUUAUGAUUCCUUGAGCAGAUAGAAAAACCAUGAGAUACUCUAUACCAGAAGGUGAACAUCCUCUGCAUGUCUAUAGCACAGAGGCUUAACACACCAGGAGUUCUUAGGACUCAGGAGAAGGAGCCAAAAACAUUUAUUCCCUGUUGAAUUAGGGAUGUGUUCAAGAACAACAUCCAUCUUGUUUGGAGACCAAAUCUUUGCUCUCCAAAAUUGUUGGCUGGCAACAGAGCCUGACAGUGUUUAAUCAACGUGUGGGUUGGCAGUGGAAUAAAGUUACUACUGCACAGCUAGAAUGCUCCAAAUUAUUUGAUGAUUUUGUUCCUACUGUAGAGCUUCUUGAGUUGCGUUUUUAAAAAGGAGAAAAACCCAAACAAAAACUUACAGUUGUUUCCCUGCAAGGGAUAAAGCUCAUUUUGGACACUGUGUGGCCUUAGCAUAAGAUCAAUUUCUUUGUAUGAACUGGUUUCUUUUAAACUCCUCUUUAGAUCCUAAGUUAGCACUCUUCUGCCAGAUCUUCAGCAAUGGGUUGAAUGGAAGCAUGGCUUCCCACCCAAAUAUGAUUGCUCAACUGCCUUGGCUUUGGCAGUUAUGAGUAGUGGACUUAAUUGGAUAUAAGGUAGAAGGAGAGGAUGGAAGGCUCGUCAGGGAAGGUUUGUGCUAAAGCAAUAUAUGCCAGUGUGUAUAGUUAUCGCUUGAUGCCUACAGGAUGAACUGAUGAUUACACACAGUUUGGUCAUGGUCUCAUUCUGCCUUAUGGGAGGGUUGGCUCUGGGAUUUCCAUUGCACUUCCAACACAUAAAGAUUGGCACUCAAGUGGUUGAGUUGAUCUCUCUCUCUCUCUCUCUCCGAUAAAGAAUGAAUGAAUAGUACUAAUUUACUUGAAUUCUUUUUUAGACAGCCUUUCAUUAAUAAACUAAAAGUGGUUUACAAUAACUAGAAAAAUAGGACAGAAUCUACACAUACAGAACCAAGAAUUGUUAAAACAAGUAUCAAAGGCCAGGGAAUGCCUGGGCAAGAAGACUUGUUUUCAAUAACUAUUGGAAAUUCAUCACUGUUGACAUACCCCCUAACUGUCCCAUUUUAAGUGGGACAUCCCCAAAUCACAGAAAGCAACCCCAACCUCUGUUGCAUCCUGGAAUGUCCCAGUUUUUGGUCCAGUACUCUGGUGCGAGUCCUCAUGUCAGACUACCGGAGCAAAAGACAACUUACUCUGGCGUGAGUCAGCAAGGAUGGGCCAAAGCUGAAGGUCCAGUGAUUUUGGGGGAUGAAAAUGUUGGAGGGUAUGAGUUGAUGCCUUCUGUAUCUCAGAGGGGAGACCAUUCCACAGACGGCGUGGCACCAUAGACAAAACUCUCUCUCAUUAUUACUACUGCUAUUCCCACCACAUGAGUAGUUAACCUGGCACUCUCCCACUGUUUUUGGACUCUUAACUCCCAACAGCCCCAGCCAGCACAGCCUGGGGUCAAAGGUGAUGGGAUUUGUAGUCCAGCAACUCCUGGAGGGCACCACAUUGACUACGCUAUAUUACUACUGCUUAGAAGCAUGCAGUGAUCAAAGCAUGCAGAGACCGUGUGUGAACUGGUCCCUGUUCUUUAUAUGGCAGGUGACUUUUUGCAAAAUGGAGACCAAGCAGAUUUCCAUAUUGGUCCUUAAAUUUUGCCCUUUACAGAUCAUUUAGCUCAGGGGUCAGCAAUGUGUGGCCCAUGGGCCAGAUGCAUCCCACAAAGAUCAUUUUACCGGCCCACGAGCUGCCCGCAAACUGAGCCGCCCGCUUGGCAAGUCCCCCACGCACUGCACUAAAGUGGCACGGCGCAGCGCAGGGACUCACCGAGUGGCACCAGAAAUGGAAUCUGUGCACACACAGAUACCAGAAAUCGCUUCUGUGCAUGUCCGACGCUGACAAUCGCUUCUGCGCAGACGCGAUUUUCAGCAUCUGGGCAUGCACAAAAGCAAUUUUCGGUGCCGUGGACAUGCGCAGACAUGAUUUCCAGCAUUGCGCUGCACCAGUCUGGCCCACGGAUGAUCUCCAUGGGAAUGAUCCGGCCCAUGGCUGGUAAAGCUUGCCAACCCCCAAUUUAGCUCAUUUGCUUGAGUACAUGUGUAUCCAAAAUGAACUCUGAUCAUGGCACAGGGCUAUAGGGAAGUAGGAACCAGUCUUUGCAGAGGACUUUGGACUCGGCAUCUUUCCCCUCUGCAGCCCCAUAAAGACUGAAGCUUUUUUUGGUUCCCCCUCCCCCUGAGACCUGUUUGGUGUGCUUUCCUCCAUGGGGAUAAAGAACACUUAAUUCUGGCCUGUGUGACUUGAAUAAUAAAAAAAAAAAGACAAGCUCACUUUUUUCCCAUAGAAACCAGCAUACUAUUUUAGCUGGCUCAGGACUGAAGCCUUGGGAAAGGUAUGUUUGCAGGGAAAGAGGUCAUGGUAGCUCUGGAAACGCUCUUGAGAGCUCAAGGAGCCAGAGUGCUUGUAAUCAGUGGCAAAAUAAUGAGACCACAAAUGUGCCGGAGGCGCACUCCAGGCUUGGAUGAACUGAGGAAGCAAACAGUCGAAAGUAGUGAAAGCUUAUCAUCAAAGCCAGAUGGGCCAUCAAAACCCUGCAUAAAAGUGGUUUCCCGAGUUAGAAUGCCAUUCUGCCACCCUGCAGAGAGCAAGGGAUGGUGCUCAGCUGUUUCUAAAACAGACCAAGGGGAAGGGGAAGAAAAAGAAAUGAAAACCAUAUUGAAAUACAAGCUUACAACAGCUAAGGGUCGGCAGAAUGUAGAGUGGGAUCUGAUUUGCAACAAGGGUUUCUGAUUCCCGGUUGUUUGACAAUAGUGACAAUGCCAAGGCUCCCCACUCUACUGAACAAGCAGGUUGCUGAAAUUAAUAACUUUGGGAGGAGCAUGGGAACAGGAGCAGAUUUAUAUUCUAUUAUUCACUCAUAAAGUUGAUAGUGACUUUAAAGAAUAGUAAAAUGCAACACAGCAGACAGCAGCUGGAAGGGUGUGGCAUUUUGUAUUGCCAACAAAGAGAAAAUGCAACCCCCCCAUAAGAUUAAAAAGGAGACAUAUUUGCAUAAAAAUUGCAUGCAAACUUAGAAUUAACAGGCUGCAUGCUUGAUUGUAUGUCUCCCUGCUAUGUACAAGGCUGGAACAAAGAAAGUCAAAAUCUCUCUGUUCCUUUCUAGUGAACCUAUAUGCAGCUUUUGUUCAGUAAGAUCAGUAAAGUGUUAUCAGGAUUUCUUUUCUCUCUUGCCUCCAUUUCUGUUGGUUAAGUGGUUUUGCUGAAAUGGUGCGCACUGGGUUUUUGUUCCUCCCACAGCACUGUGCCCAAAAAAUCAUUUUUUCCCUAUUCUCCAUCAAUUUACAAGUAAAGAAGUUAUCAAAUGCAUGGUGUGGAUGCAUUCCAGGCUAGGGAUAGAGAGAUUGAGAUUACAAAGACUUUAUUUGCGUAGCCAACAGGCCAUAGCAUCAAAGGGAUAGAGAAAUUGAGGCUGCUUGGCCAUCGUUUUAUAUUAUAAUUGCUGUUUUUUAAGGGAGGGAGGAGAUUCCUUCCUGUGCUGGGGCUUAUCCUCUUUAAUCAGUUUUGCAACUUGGUAGUGAAGAUAAGAAACUCUUGCUGGGAGCAAGCGAAAGGCAACACCAGGGGGUGGAAGGGGGUGGAAGGGGUGUGCCUUGACCACACCGGAGGUGAAUUUCGGAAGGCAGAACAGCCCGGAAAUGAAGGCUUUGGAAAGAACUAUUGGAAAGGGAGGCUUCUGUAGUGCAUAGCUGCAGAAUAAUAGCCUGUCUGACUUCCUUGAGGACAGGGUGAUAUAUUUUUUUUAAUGUCCCGGUUUUAGAUGCUUUGUGGCUGCAUACUCAGGCAAAUUCAAAGCAUAUCUGCUUCAGCUGUGUUCCUCCACUCUCCUUGACCAUAUAUAGAAGCCCCCAAAUCAAGCUGGCAAACGGGAUGGGCAGAGCUGCCAGCACAGAGGCAGUGAUAAAUGUUAAAAGGGAUGAAAGAGAACCUGCCUUUUAUGGCUUGGGUGGGAGAGAAGGAGGGGAGACCAUGAUCUCCAGUGUGUGUGUGUGUGUGUGUGUGUGUGUGUGUGUGUGUGUGCUUUAGCUCUUUGUUCCUCUGUAGCUGCCUAUCCACAAAUCCUUUUGAAUCCAAAGACUGGCGUUCCCUACAGCUUUGGUGUUCCGUGCUAUUUCCCUCUUUCCCAAAUACCGUAUUUUUUGCUCUAUAAGACGCAUCAGACCACAAGAGGCACAUAGUUUUUGGAGGAGGAAAACAAGAAAAAAAUAUUCUGAAUCUUAAGAAGCCAGAACAGCAAGAGGGAUCACUGCGCAGUGAAAUCAGCAAUCCCUCUUGCUGUUCUGGCUUCUGGGAUAGCUGCGCAGCCUGCACUCACUCCAUAAGACGCACACACAUUUCCCUUUACUUUUUAGGAGGGAAAUCUUCUUAUAGAGCAAAAAAUACGGUAGCUUUUAAGAUGCAGUGAUCCAUCAAUGGCUGUUGCGAUUCUCUCAAGUAAGGCUUGACAUUUUGGUAAACUUUAAUGUGAUCUGGAAUUAACCUGGUAUAAAGGUAUACAUGGGCCUGUAUUUUAUUUUAUUUUUAAAAAUUAAUGCUGCUUUUUGAAAGGUGCCGGGGUGGACAUUGCUGUCACGGUUGAUAAUGAGGGAAUUGAGGAUUAAUUUUGGACCAGGAUGCUGAGCGCUGGGGCUGGUGUUGAAUGCCCUGUGCCCUCACAGCCCUAGCGAUAACAAAAUGAUAACCUGGAACUGUGUUUGUGUGAAUAAUGUCCCAGCUAAUAUGCAACGUGGGUUGAGUUCCAUGCGAUGCCUCUGAGCCUCUGGGCCCCUUUGUAAGUGACUGUGGUUGUUCUAUGACCUUUCAGAAUUCCAGUAUCUGCAAGGCUGCUGUGCAUGCAGGGGUCAUUGGGGACAACGCUGGUGGGUACGUGGACGUGAUGCCUGUGGAGAAGAAGAAAUCCUACAGUGGCUCUUCAAAGAAUGGGAUCCAAUCUGCAAGGUAAGGCAGUCACUCCUCUCCUGAUUGGGCUCUUUAUGAAAUGGUUCUUCUGUUGUCUUCCUUAUUCUGCAACCUAAGAACUGAAGAAAAGCCCUGCUGGUCCAUCUAACCCAGCAUCUUACAGUGUCCAGUCAGAUGCCUACAGGACAUCCACAAACAGGAAACAAUAGCAAUUCUCACAUUUGUUCCACACAAUUGCUACAGAGAGAGAGAGAGAGAGAGCAUAUGAGCAUGUGGACUCCAUAUGGCCACCAUGACAAGUAGAUCAUAGACUGAUAGAUCAUUGAUUUGGACCUUGAGGACCAUCUAGUCCAAGCCCUAUGCAUUGCAGGAAUAUGCAGCUGUUCCGUACAGAACAUCUUGGCAUUAUCAGUACCAUGCUACCAUCUGAGCUAUCCAGACUAAUAGUCACUGGCAAGACUUUUCCUCUAUGAGUUUGUCCUUUCCUCCACAUCUGAUUUAUUGAGCAGCACCACAUCUUCUGACAACAAAUUCCAUAAAUCAGUGAUUGGCUGUAUGACAAAGUAUUCAGUAAGGAAUUGAUUCACAGUAUUGUUCUUGAGAGUGAUUAAGGGGGAUAAAGAAAGGUGGUCAGACAUGUUCCAUGUUUCCGCUUUGUCUGAGAAGAGAACUAGUAAGAGCAAGUAUUUACAGAAAUUUGGAGGGAUUCAUCACCCUGUUCUGAUACUUCCUUUUACAAUAGUGAUGGUCCUUUGGCAUGGAUAGGAAUCAUAGGAAGCUGCCUCAUGCUCUGAGCAUCCGGCUCAGUGUUAUAUAGUCAUACUGCCUGUGUUUCUCCAGGAUUUCCAGUGGGAUUCUUUCCUAGACUUACCUGGAAACAGCAGGGAUUGAACCUGGAACCUUCUGCAUGCAAAACAUGGCCUUUACCACUGAGCUAUGGCCUGUCCCUGGUGAUCCUCAGAUGUCUGGGGAGAGCAUCUUCUUUGCAAGCAGAAGGUCCCAGGUUCAAUCCACAGCAUCUUCAGCUAUGACUGUGAGAGAACCCUGCCCAAAAUCCUUGAAAGCAGCUGCCAGUCAGACAACACUGAGCUGGAUGGAUCAAUGGUCUGACUUCGUAUGUUCUUAUGUUGUUGGACUCUAUUCCCAUCAGCCUAAGCCAGUGCAACCAAUAGGCAAGGAUGACGGGUGUUGUAGUCCAAUGUUAUCUGAAGAGCCACAAGUUCCCCAUCCUUGUUCAAUGGAACACAAGUGAUGUCCCUUCACACCAUUAGAAGAAUUUUCCUUCUAGAAAGCAUAUAACAAGGCAGUGAAACACUGACUGGCUUUUCUAAUUGGUUUUGGUUUUUUUACACUGACCCUGUAGGAUGCUAAGCACACCUCUAUGAGUUAGUUUGUGGGGAGGCCCCUAAAUCUCAGAUGACAUCAAGCAGCCAGGCAUGGUGCCUCAUCAUUCUUGCCUUAGAUCCCAUGGGGGUUUCUGGGAAAGUACAUCUUGGAUAGCUCCCUCCCUGCUCUUCUCAGUCCUGCGUAAGCUUCACUAUGUUGCUCCCCCAGGAGGAAAAAGGCUUUUGGGAAUAUCCCAAGAUAGCUCACACUGGGACUUCUGUAAAAGCCAAAACUCUCAGGGUUGUGACUGGUUCCAAGACUGUUGCUUUUUUCUCCCUUUGAUGGAAGCGAAAAGGGAGGGCGAGUCAGCAAGGCAACUUUUGAAUUCUCUGAGCAUGAAGGGAGAAUCGUGUCUCUGUGAAGGGAAUAAGGGAUCUCCUUGCAGCUCUCAGCACACUUAACAAACUACAGUUCCCAGGGUAAUUUGGGGGAAGCCAUGACUAUUAAAGUGGUAUAACAGUGUUUUAAAUCUAUGGUGUGGAUGGGACCUCAGUCAGCCAACCAUGUUUUUACUGUUUGGAGCCAAGGGUCAUUUUCAGUAUAAAUCAUUAAAAAAUCCACUGGGGAUGUGGAUGGGAGGAAGUAGCCUACCUACUAAAGCAAGCAACCCUAUACAGUCAUACUUCGGGUUACAGACGCUUCAGGUUGCGCGUUUUUGGGUUCCGGAUGCACCGAAUCCCGGGAGCACCGGAACUGGUUACUUCUGGGUUUCGGUGCUUGCGCAUGCGCAGAAGUGCCGAAUCGCAACCCGUGCGUGUGCAGACGUGGCGCUGCGGGUUGCGAAUGCUGUGGGUUGCAAAUGUGCCUCCCGCACGGAUCACGUUCGCAACCCGAGCGUCCACUGUAAAUAACAAAUUUGUCUGCAUCAGCCAGCCACCAUCUCAAUUUUGAAAUUGGUUUCAGGGUUUCAAACACUGAAUAAAAUCCCCAUUGCCUUUAAAUGUGUUUGAACAGAGGAAUUAGCAAAGAAACAUUGACUGCUAUUCCCCACUGACAACCUAAAGAGCCAAGCUUUUCAGAUGCGGCCUGCUGGGUUUACUUUGAAUCUUAUCACCUCUCUUGUAGCCAUUGGAAAGUCACCUGAGACUCCCCCCCCCAGUCUUUUCAGGGUGGGGGAAUCCAUAUAAAGAAUUUCCUAUUGGCUGUGAGCUGGGGGGGGGGAGGACUGGACAAAAGUGUGGAGGAUAAAUGGAUUCUUGGCCAUCAUAGAUAAGACCAGAAUAUCCCUACUUAGAAGCUGUUCAGAAGACCAGACACUGGAGAUAUGGUUUCCAGGAGGCUUCCUAUGAAGAAAAUAUGACAGGGUCAGACCUGGUUAUCACUUUAUGCAACUUUCCAACUAUUUAAAACAAUCAAAAGAAGAUGUAGGGGCUUCCCCCCACUCCUGUAAUGGAAAAACUGCUUAUGCCUUCCCUUUGUCUUAUUUCUUGUUUCCAGCUUAAAGACACAGACAGAAGGAAACGCCUUCCGAAUCUUUGCCGUGAAGCAAUAAAUUUCCAAGAAGCGGAACCCCGUCUUUUGGGAGGAGGAGGAGGCGCUAUUCGUAGGUGAUGGGAAGCCCACACAUGAUGGUGGUCGGUCCUGGCAUGCAGUACGACGAAGUCCUCUUGGUCAAAACUCUUUCAGGGACGACAAAGACUGCUGCCGGAAUCACAUUCUGACUUAACUAUCCACAUCCCAUUGGUGUCAGCUCAGUGUCUUAUUAUUAUUAAUAUUACUUUCAAAUAUUUAGGGUCAGAUUUUGAGAGCGGAGUGUUCAACACCUUAUUUCCUGGUGCACAGCUUAUAUUGCUCAAAGACAAGAGUUUUGCACUUCAUGGAAUGAACCUGCCGCUUAAGGGUGAAUGUUAGCUUGAAUAACUAUGGAGGCCUUGCUAUGUGUGUGAUAGUUUGUAUGUGUGAUUGGGUGUGUUGGAGUGCAAGAGACAGACAGAGAGAGAGAAUCCAAGUCUAUCUGGAUUCUUUUCUUGGGUCAACAACAGGUCCAUUAAAUGCAGUGCUGAAACAAUAUGUGGUAGACUGUUCUGUGGAUAGUGCAAAAGACACACCUAGCUGUCGGAAAAACAAAGCUGCCUUUCAAAAGAGCACCAUCUCCGUAAACCGGGAAUUUCUCUCAAACAAAGGGGAAAAAAUGUGGAAUAGCUGGGUUUGCUGGCCAAACAAUUGCAGGAAGUUAGGAAGGCUAGGGGUGUUAAAAAUAAAUCAAGGAACUAGAGCCCCUGUCCAGGCACAUUUCGAUUGGUAGUACAUUAGACAGCAUCGUUUUAUUUACAAUUACCUACAAUUUAUUUUAUUCAGCAGAGCUGGUCAUAUCUUAAUUAUGCAGUGAUCUCUAGAAGUUGAUCUUUAUUUUGUUAGAAACUUACAGAGCGUUUGCUUUGCCCCUGUUUUUGUACAGAUGUGGGGCUUUAUUUUAUUAUUAUUAUUAUAUAUAUUAUGUAUGUUGGGGUUAACCACAACAUAUAUAUUAGAGAACUAAUAGAUCUGGUUUGUUUCCUUGUAUUCAAUAAGUAUAUAUUUAGAUCCCAUGCAGAUCUCAACUGUCUCCAUGAUGAAUGGAGUUGUAACAUUCACCCAGGUAUUUCAAGGGUUGGAUUUCAAUCAUUUAUCAUUCUCACCCCCCUGUUAAAACCUUUUAAAAUCCACCCCAAUCCACAGCUGGGAUCCAAAGAGUUUGCUUUUGUCUGUCUGCUGGGAAUUUGGACAUAGCAGUUCCUCUAAUGUCCAGGCUCUGAGUAUCAUAGAGAGCUUGAAUUUUUAUUUUAUUUUAUUUUAAGGAAUUCAUUCCAGUUCCAGUUCAUUCCCUGCAAAGAGGGACAAAUUCCAUUCUGAUUCAAUUAACAUAUUUAUAAUAAUUCAUAAUUCCUUCAUGUAGUCCCAGGUGCUAUUCUUUUCCUCUAUCUCUCUAGACAUCAGAAUUUUAAAAAACUGCUCUGGACAGGUAUAAAAUAGAAGAAAACAACAAAACACACACAGUGCAGUGUGGAAAAAAAUUAAUUCACAUUUGGUUCACCUGGAAAUUAUAGGAACUGCUUUCUGGUGUAGUUCAGAGAUAGCUGGAUUAAUUCAGUGAAGUAGUUCAUUCCGAGCACUAAUGUGAUCACUUAUGUAACCAAAAUGACACCAUCCAUAUAUAACAGAAGUAUCAGUGGAUCUGGAGGGAACCCCAAAGUCUGCAUAGGUUCAAUAUAUCUUUAGGUUAAAAAAAAGUAGAAAAGAGGCAAUGAGAGCUGGUCAUGCUCAUUUGCCAUGGAAUGCUGACUAAGAGCGGGUGGGUCAGAAAACAUGGAUGAGGGGAAAUGGAAUGGAGCAGUAGAAAUCUUGAACAGUGUCCCACGCCACAACAUUUUAUUGCAGGACACUCUGAAUAUUGGCGUCUCAUCUCAUGCCAUAUCACAUUCUGCCAAAGAUUAUAAUCUGAACAUUUACUUUCUAUUUAUUUAGAGUGAAUCUUUACAGGAAGCAAUAGUUGUUUCUUUGCUUUUUUAAAAAAUAGUGAUGCAGAUGAUUAGAUAAGUCAGUGCCUUGGUGAGCUUUGGGAUCCUAGACUUCAAGGAAUGCUUGUCAGCGGUGGUGCUAAAGUGGUGCUAAUUAGGGAUAAACAGAAUUACAUCCCACCCCCAUAUCUGCCCCAGGAAUUGUCCCCCAUAAACUGAUUUAAUAUUCCAAAAAGUCUUUUGAACAAAGGAGGGGGGAUGUAACGCACAGACAUUGUUAUUUUAUCCAAAAUAUACCAGUGGGUGCAUUCAGAUAUAGAACAACUACAACAAAGAAUAGCCUUUCCAUUCCUGGGUUCAUGAUUGCCUAUUUUGGAUGCGUGAUCUGAAUAGAUCUCUUCUCUGUAGGCUGCAAGGGCCUGCAGGGUUGGUUUUUUGUAUAUUUGCUUUUUUUCUAUGAAAAAUGAUGUAUUUUUUACUAUUUCCUUUGUAAAAAAAAAAGUUUACUGUAAAUGACUUUGUUUUAGCUUUGCAUGGUCUUCUCGAUGGGUCUAGGAUUUCAGACUGAUUCUCUAGCACCACAGCAAAGUAUCUCUACAGCAAAACAGACUGUUUUCCGGCUGUUUUGGUUUAUGACAUUUGUGGAAAUAAAACUCUUGAGAAUUAAAUGAGACCAUUUAGCACAGAGCUUGUUUGUUUCAUAUCUUGUCUUGUUGGGUUUGUUUCAAGGCUUUUGCAGAAUUGUCACACAGAACAAAAUCUUCUUAUUUUAUAUAUCAGGGGUGUCAGCCCCCAGGCCUGGGGAAUGAAUUCAGUUCUCCAGACCCCUCAGUCUUGCCCUCAGAACUCUUCCCCAGACCACAUCCUUCACUGCCUCUGCUUUGUGCCUUCCUUGAGAGUUUUUUUCAUGCUGGAAUAUGUCCUCUAAUUCUAGUGACAACCCUUGCUUGCAGGGUACAGAGGGGAGUGGUAGAAACUAGCUUACAGUAUAAAAGGAACAUUUCCAUGUGUUGCUCCACCCAAUUUUGCCUCUGGCCCCACCCACCACUGGUAUGUGCCUCCCCCAAGUUCACCCAGAAGGAAAUGCAGCCAUCAGGCUGAAAAAUAGUUUCUUCUUCCUGACAUACAGUAUUCUUAUCUAUUCACUUUUGGGGGGCAACAGGGCAUAUAUACUUGUGAUUCAAAUUCCAGGGAGGGUGUCCUCGCAGUUAAGAAAUGAACACACACGCGCAUUCAGGCAGGUAGUGAGCUGUAGCAAUCUCCUCUUAGAGAUACAGAAACAUGUAGCAUAGCAAGGAUGUUUUGGACUAAUGGAGCCUGAAGUAUCUAGUUGGUUUGUAGCAUUGAUAAGACUGAGCCACACUGUUUUUGACACUUGUAGCCAGCUUUGCUUUGUCUGGUCAAGCAAGGAAUGAAUUUUCACUUGUUUUGAUCAUAAGAGCCCCGGUUCAUCUGAAAAUUUCAUGUAGUCCAACAGGAAACAAAGCUAUCCCAGUAAAAAUGUAUCACCUUAGUUCAGGUGGCUGGGGCUGACUGGCACUGUAGUUCAAAACAUUGGAUUAGCAAAGGUUUCUCUGGCUGUUUUAUUUCCUAGCUGCAGUGUCCUAACAUGAACUCCUUAUUAUAUCUGGAUCUUCCAGUUUAACAGAUUUAUAGAUUGCCUUGUUUAUAUCAAGUGGCAAGCUUGCCAACAUUUAAAAAAAAUAAAAAAUGUGAUUUCAGU